CCUGUGCUCAGUCUGGUCUUCUCCCCAUAAAGUGCGGCAUAUCGAUGUUGAGCAUCGGCUUGUAAAACAGAGUACACAUGUCCGAGGUGGGGAGCAGCAUUCACGUAGAAUAUCGGCGUGGUGAUAAGAUGGGGCUGUGACUGGGGAGCUCCUGGUGGCCAUAUAGCUUCCGAGCUUAGCCGAAUGGUUCUAGAAUACUGCCGCACACUUCUCUGCAGCCACAUUUUAUCCAAAACAAAGUGUGAAUCGAAUUCCCUGCAAAGCGCGUAUGGGCAACGUGAUAAUGAACAACCCUGUGACUGGAAACUGACCUGCAGAGGUCACUGCACUAACGAGGAAUAACUUCCGCGACUACUAUUCAAAACACGUUUAUUCCUGUCAUUUGGUUUUUACAUUUGGGUCUUUUUUUUUUUUUUAGCUAGUACAGAACACGUGUUUUGUCAAUUCACAACAAUUACAGAUGGGAGAAGUGCCCUUACGAGCUCCCUUAUCAAACAUGGCCGCCUGUGCGCUUUGACAACUUCUAAAAACGUAAUCGAAGGGAGUCUGACACGCGUAGAGCGGUCACAGUCAUGGCGGCUCGCAGGAUGUUUGCCCCAGGGCUGUUAGCAGCAAGAUUUUUUAAUCAAGUGAGACCGAGGUUGCCGUCCAGGAAGGGUGAGAGAUUGCCACUGGCCUUGGUGAUAUACACCUUUGUAUUGUCUGGGCUUUGGGUUACUUGUUUGUCUAUCCUUUCUAUGUUCAAUGUGCUUGUCCUUCAGGUUUUUUUUUUCUUUCGAAUGUAGACUGUAUUUUCGAGUAUUCAAGGUGCAUUUCAAAUUGUAGAACUAAAUAGACGAACUAGGAAAAAUUCCACAGGUCAGUCCGGAGGAAUCCUCCUAUCUGGAGGAUCUAAAAUUUGAAAUGUAUCAUGGAAUCCCUUUAAAUCACUCAAAUGUCAUACCUUGAUGAGUAAUACUGCAUGUAUUUUUUUCGUUGAGGAGGAUUUAUUUUUAUUGUAUUGUUCGUUUCAGGAUUUAUUCUUAAUCGUUCAUUACUAACACCUCAACAGACCUUCAGAUGUUCAGGGGGUACAUCUAAUUAUUCGCAACCAAAAGGAGAUGGCUCGCUUUAUGCCCUGGUUGUUGGAAUUACAGCACUAGGUGCCGGAGUCUAUGUAAGUGUGCUCGUAGGUCGCAUCUUAAAUGAAUACAAUGGCAAGAUUGGUGUUGGAUACUAUGCAAUAUAUUCUUUAUUUCAGGUUUAUAUAACCCUCCGUAAGGACAGAGACAGAUUUAAGGAAAGAAUUGUGUCUUUGUCCACCAGCUUUGAAGGUAAAGACUGUGUAUGAAUUUCAGAACAAUAGCAAUGUAAUCAAAUUGCACCUUUUGUAUGUUUGGUCUUUGGGUUCAUCGCAGCAACUGGUAUGUGUGGGGAGAUGGAGACAAAUGUCCAGUGGUAUCUAUGUUCCAAUGCUUGACAUAUAAUAUCUCUCCUUUGCUAGGGAAACAUGAAGAUUUGAAAACGACAGGUGAGUGAAAAAGUACUAUCCAAUGGGGAAGUGAGCACAAUUUAAGAUGAGCUUUAGUUGACAAUACAUUUGCUCUUUACUUAGGAUCAAAAGAGGAUGCUACACAAACUGGGGAAAAAGCAGAAUCGCAAGGUGAAAUAGAAACAAGUAGGUGGAAAUUUAGACUCCGCAUUCAUAUUUUCAUUUAAUUUUGUGUGUUGGAAAUCAACCACAUUACUCACUAUUGUUAAUAUUUAGGUCAAUUGAAGGCAUCUGCAACCAGUGCAGUGUUAACUCAUGUUCCUUACAUUCUGAUUGGUGGAGGCACAGCCUCUUUUGCCGCUGCUCGAUCCAUACGUGCAAGAGAUCCAGGAUCUAGAGUAAGUGUCUGUAGUUUCAUGUUUCCAUACACCACCAAAUGAAUUCUUAUACUACAAAGAUACUCUCAUCACAAAGAGGUGCACUUACAUCCUCCAUGCAUAAACCAGAAUCUCUAAAGGGUGUUACACAUGCACCUUAAAGGACCACUAUAGUGCCAGGAAAACCACACUCGUUUUCCUGGCACUAUAGUGCCCUGAGAGUGCCCCGACCCUCAGGGACCCCCUCCUGCCGGGCUGGAUGGCGAGGAAAGGGGUUAAACUUACCUUUAUUCCAGCGCCAGGCGGGAGCUCUCCUCCUCCUCUCCGCCUCUGAUCCUCCUCUUCGGCUGAAUGCGCAUGCGCGGCAGGAGCUGCGCGCGCAUUCAGCCGGUCUCAUAGGAAAGCAUUUACAAUGCUUUCCUAUGGAUACGAUGUUCUCACUGUUGAGUUUUCACACGCAAGAGCGGCUGUCAAUGAGACAGCCACUAGAAUUUGGAGAAUGAGACAGCCACUAGAGGCUUUAGAGGCUAGAUUAACCCAUUUAUAAACUUAGCAGUUUCUCUGAAACUGCUAAAAAAAAAAAAAAGGGUUACUCCUAGAGGGACCUGGCACCCAGACCACUUCAUUAAGCUGAAGUGGUCUGGGUGCCUAGAGUGGUCCUUUAACUAUAUAAGAAGUUACAUAAAUACAGUGAGAUAUGCAGUCACACACUAUAUAUAUAUAUAUAUAUAUAUAUAUAUAUAUAUAUAUAUAUAUGUGUGUGUAUAUAUGUGUGUGUAUAUAUGUGUGUGUAUAUAUGUGUGUAUAUAUAUGUGUGUAUAUAUAUAUAUGUGUAUAUAUGUGUAUAUAUAUAUAUAUAUAUAUAUAUGUGUGUGUGUGUAUGUAUACUCACCGAUAUCUUCUUUUCCCGGAUAUAUGCCAUGGCAGCACUACGUAUGGGUAUAGCUCCUCCCCUUCUCAAUUGGACAGGAACCACCUCCUUAUUAAUAAGAGACUUUCUCCCAUGUCCCUUCAGUCUUAGUUUAAAGCCACAAAAAUUAGAAAAGGGUGGGACUGUAGUGCUGCCAUGGCAUAUAUCCAGGAAAAUAAAUUAUCGGUGAGUAUGGUGUAAAUUUUCUGUUUUCCCCGGAUAUAUACAUGGCAGCACUACGUAUGGGUUAUACCCAAGCCGAAAGGUACAAGGGAGGGGGAAAUAAAAAUAACCAAAAAACGGCUAAGUCAGUGCAAAUUACAACUCUUUAUUGACAAAUCAACUAUAAGGCAGCGGAGAGGACACUUCUACCAAAUUCUGUGGUAGAGGAACGAACUACGUCCAGCUGAUAGUGAUGAAUAAAUGUGUUAAAGGAGGACCAUGUUGCUGCUGAACAAAUGUGGGCCAGAGAAAUGUUGGCUGCAGCUGCCCAUGAAGAGGCCAAUGAUCUGGUGGAAUGAGCUUGAAGACCUGGUGGAACUGGAACCCCAGAAGCUGCAUAAGCCUGACUAAUGACUGAGAUUAACAAUCGGCCAAUAGAAGUUGAAUAAGCAGCCUGACCCCUAUUGUAUCCUGUAGGAAUGAACAGAUUAGCGGAUUUUCUUAUAUGAGAAGUACGAUUUCAGGUAAACAGACAAACAACGCACCAGAUCCAAACCAUGCAAUCUCUCUUCUUCAGAUGAGGGAAAAAGGCUGGCAAGAUGAUGUCCUGAUUCAUAUGAAAUGCGGAUACCACUUUACGUCUGAAUGCUGGAACCGUACGAAGAAUAACUGUCUUCCUGUAGAAUUAAAAAAGGAGAUUCGCAGGAAAGAGCUGCAAGCUCUGAAAUUCUUCUACCCGAGGUCAGUGCAACCAGAAGAAAAGUUUUCAAUGUUAGUUAGCAGAGAAAUAUUAUCUAAGGGUUCAAAUGGAGUACCAGACAAGGUCUGCAAAACCAGAGGUAAAUCCCAAGGAGGGGAGCAAGACCUUAUAGGAGGGCGUAGCUUGAGAAUGGGUUGAAGAAACCUUCCCACAUCCGGAUCAAAUGCCAAUUUCCGAUCUAGCAGAGCAGAAAGAGCUGAAAUCUGUACUUUCAAGGAGCUGAAGCUCAGCCCCUUAUCAAAUCCAUCUUGCAAAAAUUUAAAGACGUCACUGAUACCGGGAGACAAAGGAGAAAUUUUAUGUGCCAUACACCAGCUACAGAAGAUGUCCCUUAUGCGAUAAGCUGACAAAGUAGAUUUCUUUCUGGCGUUCCAUGACCGGAGUGAGGAACACGAUGGGCCGAACAACCCGGAAGUGACGAAAAACGGAAGUCCUGGAAAGACGACGGGCACACUUGACGUGCGUUCCAAAACCGGAACGUGAAACCCAGAGAACACCUAUCCAGAAAAGAAGCUAAAAGGGGAAGAAAAAGAAAGAAAAAGUCCAAUUUGAGAAGGGGAGGAGCUAUACCCAUACGUAGUGCUGCCAUGUAUAUAUCCGGGGAAAUCUAUAUUCCUACAAUAAAUAUGUUGUUUCAAUUGCACAUUAGAUAUUUAUGUAGUCAGACGCUAUAAAUGCAUAUUUUACACAUGCCUGAUAACAUAUGCAUUACAUACAAGAUCACAUAAAAGUGUGUACAAGUCUUUCAUAUGCAAUUACUUAUACAUUUACAGCCUCAUUUAAUCAGUCACACUCAUGCAUAAACAUUUUCUUGACUGGCCUUAGGUCACUGCAAAGACUAAAAUCAAAACUGCACUUAAUUACUACUCUCUAGGUUACACAGCUUUCUAAUCUUGAUCCUCUUCUCAUUCUUUUCAAAAUACUCCCACCAUUUCCCCCUCAGUAUAAAUAUUAAAGGGUUACUUCAGAUCAUUUGAAAUAUGUUUUUACCUGACAUCCAGGUGAAGCUCCUGGUGUUUAUCUUACAUGCCCUAUCUUGAUGUCAUGCCUGCACUUGUGUGUUCCAUUCACAGACUGUUCCGCUGGCUGAGUGCAGGCCCGCAAUCAGACCUGGGGAGGGAUAUUUUAAUUGGAAUUAAAAACAAAACCCUAUUUAAAGAGACCCUGUAGUCACCAGAACAACUACAUGUUAUUGUAGUUGUUCUGGUGAGUAUAUUUUGUCCUUGCAGGCUUUUUCCAGUAAACAGUCUUUUCAGAGAAAAGACAGUGUUUACAUUACAGCUUAGUGACACCUCCAGUGGCCACUCCUCAUAUUACUCCUAGAGGUGCUUCCUGGUUCAGUGCUGCACAGGGAGGUCCAGGAUGCUAGAUCGUGGUUUUAACACUAUAGGGUCAGGAAUACAUUUUUGUGUUCCUGACACUAUAAUGUUUCUUUUAAGUUAUAGAGGGAGGAGGGAGUUUUUGCUAUUUUCGAAAAUUAUGUACUUAUCUGUAUAACCAACAUGUUUAAAAAUUAUUUUUAAAUAUAUAUAAUAUAAUUUAAAAAAAAAUUUUUUUUUCAGGUCCUGAUAAUAUCAGAUGAGCUUGAUCUUCCCUACAUGCGCCCACCUCUUUCUAAGGAACUGUGGUUUUCUGAUGAUCCUGAUGUGUCAGAAACCUUGCGCUUCAAACAGUGGAAUGGCAAGGAGAGGAGGUAGGAAUAGGAAGACUGCUCAAAGCAAUGGAGAAAAAAAAAAAAAAACGUUUGCAAUGGAACCAAAACUGCUAUGUAGCUAUUCUGCACAAUUACAUGCUGUAUAGAAUUUUUGUUGAUCCCUGCUUUUCUUUCUUAGUAUUUUCUUCCAGCCAUCCUCCUUCUAUGUGUCUCCUGAAGAACUUAUGUCUUCUGAACAUGGAGGGGUUUCAGUUCUCACUGGAAAGAAGGUGAGGAUUAAUAAUCUUUUGUUUCAUUUUGUUAUUAUUCAGGAAGUUGCAUUGAUCUUUUUGGAUGUUACAAUAAGGCAGGAAAGAUGAUUGUACAUAAAAAAUUUUUAUUACAGGUUGUACACAUGGAUGUACGAGAGAACAAGGUUAAACUGGACGAUGGUACUCUCAUCUCAUAUGAAAAGUGUUUAAUUGCCACAGGUACGUUGCAAGUUUGUUUGGUGUCAGAAUAAACUAGCACUCCAAGCAUUGUAACCACUACAGCUCACUGUAGAGUUAAUAGUACCAGGAGUACUGUGACACACUGGCAUCCCAUGCUCUUGUCUCUGUAGCUUAAAGUACAUCCAGUGUAGGACCACAUAGAGUAGAAUGGCCCUGCUCUGCAUUACAGACCCAAAAAUCAGACCCAGGCAGAAUUCAGAAGAAAUGCAAUAGGUCAUUUGAGCAGCUCUUCGAUAUAAAAUAAGGCCAGGGACUAAUAAAACUGUGUUCCUAGUCCUGGUUCGGUUUCAAUCAAUUUGACACAAAGACCCACUCCUGCCCAGCACUGUCCUAUGAAAGUGUUGUUUAAGAGAUGUACCACACGCCAAAGCAAAUGUAGUUUCAAAUACUAAAAAAAAAAAUGCAUAUUUCCGAUUUGUAAAUAUAUGGACACCCCAUAGCCACAGACACACACAGGUAACCAAAGACCACACCCUCCUGCCUAUCAGUGCUCACAGACACCCAUUAAUGCACAGAUCCGCCAUGUCCUCUUAUUGCUGGUUGAUCACCAGGCAGUAUAGUUCUCGCUGCCUCCUCUCUUCUCAUCUCUUCUCUCUUCCAUGUAAACCUUCCUUCUCUGACACUCUAAACUGAUAGAUGGGGGAGGGGUAGAAGGAAGCAAUUACAACUGAAAUACUGGUUAUAAUUCUAAAUUUCUCCCUGCACAUGUCUAUUUAAAAGGUGCUAUCCUAGCUUGAUGCACCUUAGAGAUCAGUGCUGUUAAGUACUAAAGCUGGUCUGUACUAAGAUAAGGCAGGAUGUAUAUUACAAUGGGGGUAUUAUGAAGUUGGCAAGCUUUCUUAUUUUUACAAAAACUGUCCUUAUUCAAAAAGCAAAAAUUGCUUGUCCCCCGAGAGAGUAUCGGGAUAACUUAACAUAAUGCUUUUAUUGACAUACACAUUUGAAAAAAAAAUAAUAAAUGGCAAAUAACCACUGGGGGGAGAAUUAAAUAGAUUUAACCUCUUUAGCACUUAAACGUUUCAUGCAAUUGUCGGUAUUUAAACAUGCAAAUUAAAGAAACAAUAUAGGGUCAGAAAUCUAAACGUGUAUUCCUGACCCUAUAGUGUUAAAACCACCAUUUAGCUAAGAAAACUUACCUGAUUUCCAGCGUCUCGCGGGUCCGCUUGCACUUGCCCCGCUCCCGAUCUGCCGCGGCAGGCAUUAUCAAAAUUGAUGAUCUCAGCCAAAACAAUGCUUUACCAUAUGGAAAAAAAAAAUUGGAUUGGUUGAGAUCGUAAAGGAGGCUGGGCUGGGUCAAAUCAGCAGAGCAUGGAGAUACUGACCCAAGAAGCACCUCUAGUGGCCGGCUGAGGAGUGGCCACUGAAGGUGUCACUAGGGAGCAAUGUAAACACUGGUUUUUUUUUUUGUUUUUUGGUUUUUUUUUCUCUUUAACCCCUUAAGGACCGAGGACGGUUCAGGACCGUCAUCGGCAUUUUUGCCUUGCCGACCGAUGACGGUCCUGAACCGUCCUAACGGUCUGGGGGUACUUACCUGAUCGCCGUCGUUCCCCCGGCGGCGAUCAGUGUUCCUCCGGUUGUGGGGAGACUGCCUGCAGCCCAGACAGUCUCCCCACGGCAGAUUAGGACCCCUGUGGCCAUGUGAUCGCUUAACACAGCGAUCACAUGGUCACAAUAGGUGUCCAUGUGUCUGCCUGCAGGGGGACUGUCUGUGCUGACAGGCAGUCUCCCUGCUUGUGUAAAAUCAGAAAAAAAAAUAAAGUUAGUGUUAAUUAAAAAAAAUAAAAUAAUUAUAUAUGUGUAUAUAUGAUAUAUAGACAUAUAUUAUAUCUAUAUAAUAUAUGUCUAUAUAUCAUAUAUAUAUAUAUAUGUCAUACUAAGUGUAUUUUUUUGAAAAUUCUUUAUUUGUAAAGAUUUUGUUUUUUGGGGGAAGGGGUACAGAAAAAAAAAGUGGGGUUAAAGUUUGUGUUACAAUCUUUGUAUAACAGGCAUGUACUCAAAGCGACAGUCAAACAAUUUGAGCAGGAAUGCAGAUAUUACAUCUUUGGUUACAGCGUAUGUUGUUUGUAUACAACUAGAUUCUAUGGUUAGAUCAACUUUUGCAAUCGUUUGGUGUUGAGGAUGGGGUGGGGUACAAAAAGGAAGAGGGAGGGGGAUAGGGUACAAUAUUGCAUACAGUACUCAUCUUACAUUUGCCAAGGAGGUGUGAGAAUACAAAUAGGUCUCCAUGACCAGGAUCAGGGGGGGGGGGUAGGCAGUGGGUCGGGGGUACAAAGUACGGAAGGUAGGAUAGGGAUGAGGGGUGGGCAAAUGGUGGCUUGGUUAUUGAGUCGCACCCUUCCUACCGUGGUCGACCUGUUGUCCGUUCACUAGUUUGAGAUUCUGUAUUUUACAGUUAGCACAUUUCACAUACAAAAGUCGUGUGAAGUGUAUUUUUAUAUUAAUAUGUACUUAUAUUAAUAUAAAAAUACACUUAUAAUUAAAUUACACACGUAUAUAUAUAAUAUAUAUAAUUAUAUAUAUUGUAUAUAUAUAUUAUUAUAAAAUAUAAAUAAUAAGUAAUUUAAAUUAAAUAAAAAUUUUUUUAAAUAAUAAUAAAAAAUGUAAAAAAAAUUAUAUAGCUAUAUGAAAUUUUAUUCUAACUGUAUUUUAAAAUUAAUAUAUAUAUAUUUAUAUCAAAAUACACUUAGAAUGAAUUUGUAUAUAUAUUUAUGUAUAUAAAAAUAAAUAAAAAUAAGAAAUAUACAUACGUCCAUAUACAAAAUUACAUAAAUAAUUAUAUAAAUAUACACGUAGACUUCAAAUAUAUAUAUAUGCAUAUAUAUUUAAAUUCUACGUGCGUAUUUAUGUAAUAUUUUUACAUAAUUCAGUAAUUUUAUUGAUUGCAAUUUGAGGGACCUGCCUGCCAACCCAGGCCGAAAUUCCAGAGAAUUUAAUGUGCUAGCACUGUAUUUUACCCUGUAACGUUCUACGACACCCUAAAACCUGUAUAUGGGGGGUACUGUUUUACUCGGGAGACUUCGCUGAUCACAAAUAUUAGUGAUUCAAAACCGUAAAACAUAUCACAGCGAUGAUAUUGUCAGUGAAAGUUACUUUUUUUGCAUUUUUCACACACAAACAGCACUUUUACUGAUGAUAUUGUUGUGAUACGUUUUCCAGUUUUUAAACACUAAUAUUUGUGUUCAGCGAUGUCUCCCGAGUAAAACAGUACCCCCCAUGUAAAGGUUUUAUAGCAUUUUUGAAAGUUACAAGGUCAAAUAUAUGGGUCAAAUAUUUUUACAUUGAAAAUGGCCAGGUUGGUUACGUUGCCUUUGAGAGCGUAUGGUAGCCCAGGAAUGAGAAUUACCCCCAUGAUGGCAUACCAUUUGCAAAAGAAGACAACCCAAGGUAUUGCAAAUGGGGUAUGUCCAGUCUUUUUUAGUAACCACUUGGUCACAAACACUGGCCAAAAUUAGCGUUCAAUUUAGUUUUUUUACUUUUUUCACACACAAACAAAUAUGAAUGCUUACUUUGGCCAGUGUUUUCGACUAAGUGGCUACUAAAAAAGACUGGACAUACCCCAUAUUGAAUACCCUGGGUUGUCUACUUUAAAAAAAAUAUGUACAUGUGGGGUGUUAUUCAGAGAUUUAUGACAGAUAAUAGUGUUACAAUGUCACUAUUGAUAAAUUUUAAAAAUUUAUGUUUUGAAACCGCAAUAUCCUACUUGUACCUAUAGCCCUAUAACAUGCAAAAAGCACGUAAACACUAGGUAUUUUUAAACUCAGGACAAAAUUUUGAAUCUAUUUAGCAGUUUUUUUCAUUCGCUUUUGUAGAUGAGUAAAAGAUUUUUCAAGUAAAAGUCAAAAAACAUGUAUUUUUUUUCAAUUUUUCAUCAGAUUUUUGUAUUUUUUUUAAAUUAAAAUACAUGAGAUUAUAUAAAUAAUGGUAUGUAAAGAAAGCCCCUUUUGUCCUGAAAAAAACAAUAUAUAAUUUGUAUGGGAACAGUAAAUGAGAAAGCGGAAAAUUACAGCCAAACACAAACACCACAAAAGUGUAAAAAUAUUCCUGGUCGCAAAUGUACAACAUCGCAAAAACAGUCCAGUCCUUAAGGGGUUAAAGGCAGUGUUUACAGCAAAAAGGUGUAUAUAUAUUAAACUAUAGUUGUUGUUGUGACAAUAGUGUCCCUUUAAGUCAAAAUCUAUUAACUUUGUUUUAGUGCCCUUUAAAAAAAAAAAAAUUAAAAAUAAAAAAAUUAAUUUUUUAAAACAUAUGUUUGUUGUGCUAUUCUUUUUAUAGGAGGAACUCCUAGAAACCUCCCAUCCAUAGAACGUGCUGGAGAGAAUGUGAUGCAGAGAACCACCUUAUUUAGAAGGGUAAUUACAUUUGUGAAAUUGGAUGAGAAUCCUAUUUUACGUAAUGUCAUCCCAUAAUGGUUUUUAUUUCCCCCUGUGCAGGUAUCAGAUUUUCGUUCCCUCAGUAACCUUUCCUCCUCAAUUGACUCAAUCACCAUUAUUGGGGGCGGGUUUCUAGGAAGUGAGUUGGCUUGCGCUUUGGCAAGGAAAGGUAAGAUUACCACUGGGUCAUUGCAAUGCACAUAAUGUGUUUAAAUUCAGCACCUGAAACUUUUUAGCAACUUUUUCACUCAUAUAUUACAGGGAGGCAAACUGGUCUUGAAGUUAUCCAGAUGUUCCCUGAGAGUGGUAACAUGGGAAAAGUUCUUCCAGAAUAUCUUAGCCACUGGACCACCGAAAAGGUGCGAGGAGGUGAGGUUUAUCAAGUAAAAUUUGAAAUAUUUGUUGAAUUAAGUCUGUUAACCUUUAAUAAUGUUGUCACAGCAAUGUAUAGGAACAGUUAAUCAAAUUUUUUUUUAAAGGGACGCACUGCUUCAAUACAACUUUAGCUUAAUGAACUGGCUGCGCUGUAUAGAUCAUGCAUCUACAGUCUCGGCGCACUGGUCUAUGCUAUAUAGUUGUUAAAUCACCCCCCUCCCCCCCCAGCUGUGACUUGCACAGCGUCUCUCCACGCUCCACCUGUAGAGAGAUCUAAUGUUCAAAUUGACUUUUAUUAGUCUUACUGUAUGUUUGUGUUUAAUUUAUAAUUUAAAUUACAGCCUUUUAGUGCCUGCAGGAUCUGUGUGUGUGUGUGUGUGUGUGUGUGUGUGUGUGUGUGUGUGAUUUAAACUUCAGUGAACAUAGCAGGUAAUACAAAUUUCUAAAGUAAACCUAGUGUGCUGUAAGAUCACAUUGGAAAUUAAAGGUGUUUUUUUAUUUUUUAUUUUUUUUUUUAAAUGGAAGCUGUGAGUCACAGUCAAAGGAGAUGUAAAGGCUGCAUACGCAGAAACAAAAGUGAUCUAACUCCUAAAUGGCAGUGAAUUGAGCACUGAGCCAGAAGGGGCAUGAUCUCGCACAACCCAAACUACUUCAUUAAGCUAAAGCUGUUUGGAUACUUAAAUUAUUUGGAAAAUCCAUAUUUAUGUUCUCAGCCAUUUAACAGAAAUUUGGUAUACGUCAUGUUUUCAGUGAAACAAGCCAGUCAGUAGGCUGAGUAUGUACACUCCCUUUUGAUUCAGGAUGUCAGUAGUGUGUAAGCCUGUUAUGUAAAGUAGGAUUUGUUUGUCAAUUUGAAGACAUUUUCUUUCAAAAUUCCUAUAGUACCCAGAAAAAUAAGGGACAUUGUUAACCAAAUUAAUAUUUCAAAAUGUUAUGUUUAGUACAACAAAUUCUCUACUUUCCGUUAUUUUAAACGUAUGCCUGACUCUUAAGUAAACAAAGACUUACUUUGUUACAAAGUGCUUAAAACCAACAGUGCAAAAUAUGAAGGCACAAUAAGGCUACAUGCAUGUAAGUACAAUUUCAUGGACAGUCUUGUGCAGUAAGGUGCCAUCAUUCAUAAUUCAGGUGGGUCUUUUGCUAAAAUUGCCAAAAAUCAUCAAUUACAUGAGACAAAGUAUAGUUACGUAGGCUGAAAAGAGACGUGCCCAUCAGGUACCAACUUUCUCACAUCUGCUUUUGCUGUUGAUCCAAAAGAAGCCAAAACACCCAGUUUGAAGCGCUUUUAAAGCUGUAGUUUUUCUGGUGACUAUAGUGUCCCUUUGAUAUUUGGCUUUAACUCAUGGUUGACAUACAAACUUACUCCACCAGCCCUCCUGUUUUUUCCAUCGUCCCUAAAUAAUGCAUAACUAUUUAAGUCAACUGCCCAGUCAUGUGUCUCAUCCUCUUAUUUUUCUCUUAUGACUAUUAUGCCCUAUUGCUUAAUGUACGCUAUUGUUUUAAAGUAGUCCUUCCUUUGUCUUGUGUAAAUGAAACUUAUCUCUUAAAUUUCAAUACCGUAAAAAAAAGGGCUGUUCAUAAAUAAUCUCUCUUGAAGCACAUAUACCCCAUUCCAGACAUGGUAGGGAGCUGCUCUUCUGCUUCUACCCAUACCUGAGAAACCUCAUAGCAUUUUGAGUUUCCUGGGUAUUGCCAUUUAUGGGAACCACAGGACGCCUCUUUAACUAAGCCCCAGUAAGAUUGUCUGGGCAGUUGAUUAACUGCAGGGGUUUUUUUUUUGGUUGGUUUUUUUAAACCGGGGGUCAUCUUUUUGCACACCAGUGCCUGUUAUGUCUGUGUAUAGAUGGAGGGCCGCAUUCACCUGUAUUGCCAGAAAUGUGAUAUAGCAAUGAAAAUAACAAACACAGGGAAGCAGCUCAUUUCUUAAUUUUUCAGCAGUUUAGUGGAUGGUUACUAGUGGCGUCUCUAGGAUUCCUUUUGGGCACAUGGUGGGCCAGGGACUAAAGUAGGGGGGAACAUUUAACCCCGCCCCUGCCGCAUGUUAAGCCCCGCCCCUGACACAAUGUGUGGUUUUGUUUUUUUUUGUUUUUUUAUAAUCUAUGGUGGAGAAUUCAUUAUUUUCCACCAAGGAUUAUUAAAAAACAAACACAUUUCACUUGAUACAGUCCAUACACACAGACAGACUGCUGAGUCCAUACACAAGCAGACAGACAGACACACACACACACACACCUGAGCAUAUCAAGCCUACCUGUUGCUGGAGGUCAGACAGCCAUUUUCUUGCCUUUCCAGCAGCAGCAUGGUCCCCUGCUUAAUGGCAGGGGCGGGGCUUAUGUGCGGGAGGCAGGGCUUCAUUUGGGGGCGGGGCCUGUGCACACACAGUGCUGAGUCCAUACAGACUGCUGAGUCCACACACCAUCAGGAAAUACCAUUGCCAUGAAGUGGUGUAUGUGGUUGGCAACAAUCUAAAGGGAAAAGUUAAGCCCGGAAAUAUUUGGACACUGACACAAGUUUUGUUAUUUGGGCUGUUUAUCAAGAUAAAUUCAGGUUACAAUUUUAAUACUGAAUGUAGGCAUAAAGUGCAGUCUCUCACCUUUAAUUUAAAGGUCCACACAAAGACUGCUGAGUCCACACACAGACACAGACUGCUGAGUCCACACACACACCUGAGCGUAUCAAGCCUACCUGUUGCUGGAGGUCAGAUAGCCAUCAUCUUGCCUUUCCAGCAGCAGCAUGGCCUGCUGCUUAAUGGCGGGGCUUAUGUGCGGGAGGCAGGGCUUCGUUUGGGGGCGGGGCCUGUGCCAGUGAGCCUGUCAGUGCUCCCUCCGGCCACAGACAGCCUCCAGUACCGUUCUAGCUGAGCUCCUCUGCCCUGCAUUCCCUCCCCCGGGCUGUAACACACUGUUACAGCCCAAGGGAAUAGAAUGUAAGAACAUGUUGCUGGCAUUUGGGGGGCCCAAGGGGGGGGCACAGCAUGAUGCCACUGAUGGUUACUAAUUUGGUUUCCUUAUGUGGGAUUGGCAAAUAUAAGUAUACCAAAUUGGGUAGCUCUCUACUAAAGAACUGAAAGGCCAAAAUUAUGAGAGAACUUUUCUCCUUGAUCUAGAUGCUUAUUUUAUCAUUUGUCAUGCUUCUUCUUCCCUUGUCCACUCAUCUUCCCUUAUGUCACUUUCUUUUCUCAUGCAUAUUACCUCUCACCAUGUACCCUUCUCUAACCACAUUUGCCCUCUUUUCCUCUUUGUGUAUCAUUGCCCCCUUCUUUAACAGUAUUGCCUCUUUUUGCAUUGUUCUUCUCUCCCACUAAAACCCUUUACUGCCACUUUCAUUUCACUUCUUCUCACAGCUGGAUUUACCCUCUCUGCUAGCACCUGGCUAGUUUUCUCAUUAUACCCAUGCCCCUCUCAUACACCCAUGCAACAAUAAGGUGUUUAAGUCCCCAGAGUUCCACAAAAAAAAUAAACUGUGGUGUGCACAAUACAUGAAUGUAUCACAAAGCUCCUCUCUGUGUGUGUGUGUGAUACACAUGUAGUUUGCUGAAUGUAGUUGUGUGGGGCUAGGCUAAAGGUUUUUGUGUGGUGGUUGCUGAAUGAUGUCUGUAGGCAUUGGCUGGUUUUCUUUGGUUGUGUUUGUGUGUUUACUCAAUUGACAAUUUUUUUUUUUUUAAGUUAUCAAUCAAUUCUCAUCUGUUGCUUCUUUUGUAUGAUUAUACAUGUUUGAAUAUGUAAUUUACAGAUUUUUCAAACCGAUUUUCAGAGUAUAUAAUUUCCCCACAGUCAAACACACAAACAUAUACACACAUUCGUACGAACUCCAUGCAGUCACAUACAGUAUAACAGACAUGGUCCUAUGGACAGUCAUAUAAAUACAAAAUCAAUAAUACAAUAAAAGAUGCGCUGUUUAUAAAUGUCAAAAACCGCUCUGAUGCAUCGAGGCAUUUGCUUCAAAAGAUCUUAAAUGUGUCCUGUGAUAUCUGGAUCUAAGAUGUUGGCAACAGAUCCUUUAGGUAAUGAAAAUUGAGGCCUCCAUGGAUCGGAUUUGUUGUUCUAGCAUAUCCCACUGAAGCUCAAUUGGAUUGAAUUAGGAGGCCCAAGGAAACACUUUAAACUCUUUGCAAAAAUCGCUCCGGAAUGAUUUAAGGACCAUGUCACUGUGGCAGGGAGCAUUAUCCUGCCGGAAGAGUCCACUAUCAUCAGGAAAUACUAUUGCCAUGAAGUGGUGUAUAUGGUUGGUAACAAUCUAAAGGGAAAAGUUAGGCCCUGGAAAUAUUUGGAUACUGACACAAGUUUUGUUAAUUGGGCUGUUUAUCAAGAUAAAUUCAGGUUACAAUUUUAAUAAUGAAUGUGGGCAUAAAGUGCAGUCUCUCACCUUUUAAUUUGAAUUUAUUCACUUACAAAUUGGAGGAAGGGUUUAGUAAUUUUUGGUAUUUAAUAUGUAGCUCCCUCUUUUUCAAGGGACCAAAAAUAAUUGGACAAUUGACUCAAAUCUGUUUCAUGGACAGAUGUGGGCUAUUCCUUUAUUAUUGCUUUAUCAGUAAAACAGGUAAAAGGUUUGGAGUUGAUUACAGGUGUGGUAUUCCGUUUGGAAGCUGUUCCUGUGAACUUACAAGAACUUCCAACAUGUGAUCAAAGGAGCUCCCAAUGCAAGUGAAACUGGCCACACUUAGGCUGCAAAAAAAAAAAAUAGGAAUGGUCAUAUCAACAGUUUGGUACAUGUGAAGAAAUAAAAAUGCACAGGUGUGCUCAGCAUCACAGGCUUGGAUGUCCACGGAAAACAUUGGUGAAUGGUCAUAGGAUCCUUUCCAUGGUAAAGAAAAAUAAAAAACCUUCACAACAUCCAGCAAAUUGAAGAACACUCUCCAGUAGGUAGGCAUACCUUUAUCAGCGCUUAUAAAAUGAUUACAGUCCAGUGGCGGCUCACUCACCAAGUAGGGAGUCUCUCUCUUUUACGGUUAAAACUGGGUAAGUUCAGUGUCUAAAUAGUUCUUAUUUGGAUAUAUGCAAUGACGAGGAAAAAGAACAGGAAAAACUGAUAGUGUAGUAUAUUAAAACUGAUGUUGGAUAAAAAUGUGCACUCACACUUUUAUGAAGCUUCAAUUCAGCUCCAACUUAUGCGCCUGGGCGGAAUGAUCCCCGCCUAAGGAUAUAGUGCAGUGCAGAUUCUUCACGUGGUCAUAGUUAAAGAAGGUAUCCUCAUAAAAAUAAAACCGAUAAACAUAGUAUAGUUUAGUAUAUUGGGCUUUGAAGCAGGGGUAGGUAUAAAUGUAAAAUGUGCCCUCACAUGUAGAUUGGCUCCAAAAAAAGUGUGUGAAGUGGUAUGAUCCCCCACUCGAGGAUAUAGGUGUAUUAUGUGUCUCUCCAUAGGUAUGUGUAUACACUGAACAAAUUAUAAACACAAUACUUUUGUUUUUGCACCCAUUUUUCAUGAGCUGAACUCAAAGAUCUAAGACUUUUUCUAUGUACACAAAAGGCCUAUUUCUCUUAAAUAUUGAUCACAAAUCUGUCUAUAUCUGUGUUAGUGAGCACAUCUCCUUUGCUGAGAUCCAUCCAACUCACAGGUGUGGCAUAUCAAGAUGCUGAUUAGGCAGCAAUAUUAUUGCACAGGUGUGCCAUAGGCUGGCCACAAUAAAAGGCCACUCUAAAAUGUGCAGUUUUAUCACACAGCACAAUGCCACAGAUGUUGCAAGUUUUGAGGGAGCGUGCAAUUGGCAUGCUGACUGCAGGAAUGUCCACCAGAGCUGCUGCCCAUGAAUUGAAUGUUUAAAAAUGGGAGCAAAAACAAGUGUUGCGUUUAAAUUUUUGUUCAGUGUCGAAAUAAACAAAAUAAAAGCCACAAUUGUGUACACAGUUAUUAUGGAGUGCAAGGCACAAUAAAAAGAUAAAAAAAGCUACUCACAUGCUUUAGAGCAAAAUAUGGUUUGCUCAAUCCAAUAUGCUUAGGUGGUAUUAUCCCCAUCAAGGAUAUAUAGCCCAAGGAUCCAACAGCAGCAGAAACCGGUCCAAUAAAUAAGUAAUUAUAUAAAAUUAUAAUAAAAACAGUAACAAAGUUAAAAAAAACAAAAAAAAACUAUCAGUAAUACACUUAACGCGUUUCACCUAAACAGGCUUUCUCAAGUGUUUUCAAAAAAAUAUAUUUAAGUCCCUGAAAUAAGAAUAUGUAUGAAAAUUUUCUUGUUCAACACCUUGAUUUAAAGCUGAAAGUCUGCACUUAUAUUACAACUCCAUUUCAUUUCAAAUCCAUUGAGGUGGUGUACAGACCCAAAAUUAUGAAACUGAUGUGAGUGUCCAAAUGUUUCUGGACCUAACUGUAGUUGGUAAGUGUCAAAGUAACAUCCACAUGAAUGCCAAAGGACCCAAUGUUUCCCAGUAUAACAUUGUCUCCGUCGACAUGCCUUUUUCCCAUAAUGCAUCCUGCUGCUAUCUCUUCCCCCAGGUAAACAAUGCACCCUCCCACACCCGGUCAUUCACCUGAUAUAAAAGAAAAAGGGAUUCGUAGACCAGGUUACCUUCUUCCAUUGUCCUGUUCUAAUGCUCUCGUCCUUAUUCAAGGCACUUUUGUUGGUAGACUGGGGGCCUCAUGGCAAACAGACAGGUCUGCAGUUACACAGCCCCAUACGCAGCAAACUGUGAGGCACUAAGUGUUCUCAUACCUCUUUACAUGGCCAGCAUUAUGUUGUUCAGCAAUAUGAGCUACAGUAGUUCUUCUGUAUGAUCAGACAAGAUGGGCUAGCCUACGCUCACCAUGUGAGACUUAAGCUCCCAUGAUCCUGAUGCCGGUUCACCCAUUGUCCUUCCUAUCACUUUUGGUAGGUACUAACCAUUGCAUACCAUAAACCCCACAAGACUUGCUGUUUUGGCGUUCUUCUGACCCAGUCAUCUAGCCAUCAGUAUUUGACCCUUAUCAAAGUCAUUCAGAUCUUUUCGCUUGCCGUUUUUCCUGCUUACAUCAUCUGAAAUUCAAGAACUCAGACAAGUAGUAGAGUGUUGCACACUAAUCAGUAGCACAGGAGCUCUGUGGCAGAUGUCCGCUAGCCUCCAAAUAUAUCCACAAGUCAAGACCCACAGGGUGCAGGUCAAAACAAGGGCACAACGUUUCGGCCAUGAGGCCUUCAUCAUGUAGUCUUAAAUAACCAAUCAUAUAUGGCACUGUGUGGUUUUAAUGUUGUGGCUGUCCGUGUAUGCAUCCCAUCCCAUAUCACUUUUAAUAUUUGCACUUUCAAGUUAUUUCCUCUUCCUAAUCAUUUCUCUUUUGUCAUACCCACCUUACCAUCUUUACCAUACUUCUUGGAUUUUCCUCUCCUAUUCAUGUCCUUUCACUCCCCUUGCUCAGGUCCUUUUCUCUUCCUGCUCAUGUACUCUCUUCUCACCCAUGCCGCUUUCCUUUUUAAAUAUUUUUAUAUUCCUGAUGUACUCUCCCUUUCAUUCCUGGGGAAGGGCUUCAUUGUCCGUUAGUGUUUUACACAUUACAAUGCAAGCCGUCGAGAACUGUGUUCUGAACUUGUCCUUGGCAUCUGCAAAUGGUAAAAAGCUGUAGGAGUUUAAAGAAACACUCAAAGUACUAUAAUUCACUGUAGUUAUGGUACUAGAAGUGCCCUGUCCCCCCUCAAUAUCCCACUUUCCUCAAUUGUAAGGAGUCAAAACGCUUUGGUUUGGUUUGGCUUGUUAUCUGGGGAUAGCGUGUUUUAAAUUUCACACAUUCGUAGGAUAUUUAUCUUUAUAGAAGGGCAUUUUCUUAAGAGGUGUUUUGAUUUAUUUAUAGUAAACAUUUUGUUUUAGGUAUUCCCCACAUUUGAAUUUUUUUUUAUUUUUUAUUAAUUCUUUAUUUUAUUUGUGCAUAGGUUAAACAAGCAGGUUUGCACUGCCACGACCGCUAGUGCAAACUGAGCAUCAGGCAUAGUAUAAUAUUUGUGUGGCCACGAAAACAUUGCACAUUUUGUUAAUGAGAAUAAGCAAGAUUAAACUAAAAUCCUUAAUCUAAAGAGGGAAGAUAUCUCUCACUAGGUACAAAUGAAAAUGAAUCAUAAAACAAAACAUAGCAUAAGGGUGGGAUACAGCAUGGACUUAGCAUCUUAAUAUAGCCUAGACAGGGUGAGUGGUAGGUCAUUAUCUGCCCAGGCGGUACAAGGAACACUAGCCAAACCAGCUAAUCUAAGCAGGAAGCCGUCAUUAUGAUAUUGUGACCUGAUAGGUGUGCUACACCUGAUCAUAACAGAACAUUACAGCCUGUUUUUCUUCUUUUUUUGUUUUUGGUGUUAAAGAACAGGUAAGUACAUGCGUGAUAGACAUGUCUGUAUGGUUAAGUGGCUUUAACAGUUAGUCUGAGAUUAUUGGUUAGACAUGUCAAAUAGCAUGAAGUCAACACUACGAUGUCUGUUGGUAUGGGCUGUAGAGUACAGGGUGCAGUUAUACUGUAUAUUGUGAAUUCGAUGCAGGUUUAUGUCUUAGCCUGAGUAAAAGUAAGUGGGUAGUGAGCAUGUGAAUGGUCCUGCUGAUGGCUGUCUCUCCACCCCUACGUAUGCGUGUAGGGAUUGAUUGGGGGAAAGAGUCGUAUACUAACUGGGUUCCCACUAUAUCUCAUAGGACUGGUGCUUAUUUCUUGGCUAGAUUAAUGCCGUAUAUGCUGCUUAGGGAUUGCCUUAGAGGUAGCUCCAGAUGUGUGGAGGCAACUGAACAUGUGGUAGGAUAUGUUUGUCCGUGCGGUGGGGACUUGCACGACUCAGGGUAAUGCGCUUACGAUCCCUAACCAGAGGGGGCCACGGUGGGCUGCUAUGUUUGUGCUAACGAAAAAUGAGUCAAUCUCCUGAAACUUGAGAGAGCUGUCGGUGAUGGGUAAGUGUCAGUUGCACAGGUGUGCCAUUGAGUGGUGUGUCAAAAAAAAAGGCUAACCGCUACAACAAAAACUAAUCUAGAACAGUGAGAAUAUUGUUGAGCAGAGAUACUUAGGCAUGUGUGCCUCUCUUGGUGGAAACAGUUCAGGUGUUGGCUCCCGAUUUCCCUGUGGUACGGGGGAUGAAGGGAGCAGUUUGUGCAGGGUCCCAGGUAUGCGUCGUGGUCGACAUCUCAGGUGCUGCAGGUCCUGUUGAGAGUCCCAGAGCUUGGAGAAAGACUUCAGCGUCAGUAGGCGAUGCUCAGCAAGAUGUAGUGCAAUUUUUUUUUUCUACAGUGAGGGCUGUCAGUAGUGUCCAUCUGUAUUUCUCCCCAGCUUUUCUGAGACUGUGUGUUACCGAGCCAAGGUAUUUCCUCCAUAAUAGUGUGUUCUUGGUUAAGUCCUGAAAGAAGCUUAGCUGUGCGGAUUCAAAUUCAAACAAGGUUUUCCCCCGAACCGCGGCCAUUAUUCGGCUUUUAUCCGGCCGGGAUUGGCAUCGGACUAUCACGUCUCGGGGUCCUGCCGCUGGCUCUUGCCUGGGUUUGUUGAUGCGGAACUAGCCUUCUAGAGUAAGCCUUUUAGCAAGGGUCUGAGGUAAUAGAGUGGUGAGAAGGCGUCAGAGGUAGUGUGGCAGUUCGGUUGGGCCGUUCGUGUCUGGUAUGCCCCUGAUCUUUGUUUGUGCAGCGGUUUCGAUCAUCCGCUAGGUCUAGCCGGGUCACCAGUUCUCUGAGACCUGUAGCUGCAAUACAGUGUCCCUUAAUCCUUGUACCUCCUGCUGUACAUCCGAGAUGUCCUCUAUUGAGGCCUGGACUCGAGCGCUCACCGCUUGGACUGCAUUAAGUCCAUAUCAGCUGCUGACUUCUGCUUUAAUUCCAGCAGCAGGUUUUUCAUGUCCAGCUUAGUGGCUGGGGUCAGAGCGUCCGGAUCAGCAGGAACUGUGGUCGCUUUCUUGUGGUUUGCAGGUUCCCCAUGAUCUCUGGAGGCAGAGUUCGAGCUGCAGGAGCUAGCAUCGUGCUCUGGCGGGGCGCUGUAGCAGAACUCCUAUAUCUUGGGAGUCUUUGGACGUGCUGGCUUGGGCUUUCUGGGAUUUUCGUCCCAUUGUAUCAUCGCAGAGCCUGUUCUCUCUGGCGUUGUGAGGGCUCAAGCCUGUGUCCUCCGGUGUGAGCACGAGAGGUACGAUGUGGCUUGUGGAGCCGAUAGUGCGGUAGGCUCCAACUCUGCAGCGUACUUUCCUGUCUGUUUGCGGGAACAAGAAGAGCAUCUGGACACAGCCUGUACUGCUGGGCUGGUGAGGUGAGUAAUCUGGACUAAAUGCAGGACUCUGUUUGCAGCGAUUACGUCAGAUUUAUUAUAAAUUGGCAGGAGCUCAGGAAAGGAGCGUCCGUUCAGUUAAAGGUUUAUGCUCCGCCCCCUUCAUUUUAUUUAAAUUUUUUUAUACACGCUUUGGUGUUUCUCCUUUAACUUGCGGUUUGUAUUUUUUCUCUCUCUUUCUCUUACAGAGGGUGUAAAUGUCAUGUCCGAUGCUGUUGUUAAAUUUGUCAGUUAUCAGAAUGGAAAACUUAACAUUUCUCUAAAGGAUGGAAGACAGGUAAUUUAGGACUGGAUUUGUUGAUAUCCUCUUAUUUAAAUAUAACUACAAUUAAAGUUUAUAUUACACUCUCUUGUCUUGUACAUUUCCUUAAUUUGUUGAUUUAUAUGAAUCUGAAUUACAACUUCCUACAACAUAUUGUGAAUUAAGCCUUAUCUGUGAUUAAACUAGGUGCAGACUGAUCACAUAGUAGCUGCAGUUGGUUUAGAACCCAACACGGAACUGGCAAAAUCUGCCGGCUUAGAACUCGAUGGUGACUUCGGGGGAUACAGGGUUAAUGCGGAACUCCAGGCUCGCAACAAUGUGUGGGUGGUGAGUCUCCUUUUUUGCGCAUUUCAAUUAUUGUCUUGUUCCAAAUAAAAGGUGUGAUGGGAUUCUGCAUUUUUGACAGGCAGGAGAUGCAGCUUGUUUCUAUGAUAUUAAACUUGGCCGCAGGCGAGUUGAGCACCAUGAUCAUGCGGUUGUAAGUGGAAGACUUGCUGGGGAGAAUAUGACCGGAGCUGCUAAACCUUAUUGGCAUCAAUCCAUGUUCUGGUAACUUCAUACAUCGUGUUCUUUUCAAACUAAUUUUAUUGAACAGUAUUUUAAAAAAACAUAUUUCACAUUAAUUUGUUCUAUGUUUUUUGUGUUUUCCAAUCACAUGUAUGUAUGUAAGUAAUUGUCAUGCAACACAUCUAGAGUGGGAUUUGGGUUGAAGUUCAGAAUUUCCUUGCUUUUUAAUGUUUGUCUGAGAACUGUUAGUAGGCACUAUAACUGUUUUAUCUCAUUUAAGUGAUUACGGUGUCUUGUGUCCCCUGGCAAGGUCCGUCCACUCAUUAGUAAACGGUUUAACGUUUUAAUGCUCAAUUUUCUCUGUGCUGCCUGGGCUACUGAACAAACAUUGGCGUGAGCAGGAAUUGGUGACGAUGAUUGGCUAUUUAGCUCAUCACAGCUAUUGUUAGCUAGAAAGAAGUGUAUAAUCUUUACAUGCCACCAGUUGAGACUGGGCUGUGGGUGGCCAGGGACCUUCAUUGAAUUGCUCAAAAAUGGCUUAACACUGAAAGCAGAGACAGUGCCAGGGGACUCAAAGCACUAUAAUCAAUUCAAUCUAUUGUCGUGCAAUACAUAUUUUGUCUAUAGUACACCACAAGAGGAUAUUAUUUUUGGGAAACCGGACAUAAUCCUAGAGAAUGAUUUACAUAACUACUAGAAGAGCAUAAAAAUGGGGUAUGCGGGAAAAAUGUAAACUAAAUUUAUAUUAGUAAUAAAGAUGUAUCUCUGUGUCCAUGUAAGGGAGCAGGAUAUAUUUUGUGUUUCUGGCAUUGGUGCAGUGGUCACACUUAAAAAAAAAAAAAAAAUUUUUGUCUGACUGGCAGCCAAUUUUCUAAUUAUGAAAUUAAAAUGCCUUUCGAUAAAACAUUUUUUAGAUCAGUGUUAGAAAAUACAUAAAACAGCUAGAUUUUGCAAUCUGCAAUUGCCAUCUAAAUUUGGAUAAAACUGUGAUUAAAAACAGAGGGGAGGCUUUCACCUAAAGACUCCUCGUGCCAAUUAACUGUAGUUGAAUCAUUGUGGUGUGUUAAACAUAGGUGAUAGGAAGGCCACAAAUGAAGACUCAAUGCAAUAAUGCCACUCUGGACACUAUUUUGGAAGUCCCCUUUAAACCGUGGAGUGAUUUGUGAUAAGAAAAUUCUUAUACACUGUUUCUAUGCACAUGUAAAAAUAUUUAGUAGUGUCACUACAGAUUAAAGGGCUACUGUCACUUCACUGUUUUUUUAAUACAAUGAUCCUUUCAUCAAGUUUUGAAAGGAAAUAUAUUCUAUGUUAAAUUAAAUAUAUUUAAAAUAAAUAAAUAAAAAAUAAUAAGAGGGAAAAACUCAUCCGUACCUUUAGUGCAGGGGUGUCCAACUCGUGGCCAGCAUGUGGCACUGAACCGUUGGCAAUGUGGCUGGUUACUGUCCGGGUCAUGAGCCAGAAGCCGGGAUAUGGCGGCAUCACUAUUGGGCGAAUGAGGUAGCUGUGCAGGAAGAGCACAGAGAUCCCAGCCCAGCAGCAACUGCUAGCCACCAGGGACAAAGGAUCCCAUUUAGCCCUCCAAGAGGAAGGCUGGGUGGACCUCUCAAGUCUGUAAUAUUGUGUGCGUGUAGGUCUGUGGUUAUGUGUGCAAAUGUAUAUACAUGUGUACGUGUUUAGUAGAUGGCUCCCUAAUUUGGUAUCCUUUAAAUAUGGCAAUCCCACAUAAGGAAAACAAAUACGGGAGUUAUCUACUAAAUUGAAAUAUCAAAAUUAAGAAAACUGCUUUUAAAGUUUUAUUAAUUAUAUACUUUAACUAUAUUAUAUAUUUGAUGUGUGGCACAAGACAAUUCCUCUAAGCUCAAUGUGGCACAGGGAAGCCAAAAGGUUGGACACCCAUGCUUUAGUGUAUGAUAGGAUCCUCCAUACAUUUGCAUACACCUUGGGUCAGACAAUGUUUGAAUUUGUCUCCAUAGUCUUCUCUGCUUAACUCCCUGCACAGUGCAGUGACCUCUUUAGACUGCCUAACUGUGUCUGACGUGUGUCUGUCAAAGUCUGUUUUGGUCUUAAACAGGAAGAAGUGUGGCCUUGACAAGAAGGGGUGGGGCAAAUUUAGAUUAUGGGGUGCCCAAGUCAUGACUAGAGCAACAAAUUUUUUUAAGUAAUUAAAUCACUUUUUGUUUAUACAGCCCUAGUCACACCUCCCUACAUGUGACUUACACCGCCUUCCAAUACACUUCCUGUAAAGAGUCAUCUAAUGUGUACACUUUAUUGCAAACUCUGUUUAAUUUAGAAUUUCUUAUCUCCUGCUCUAAUAGUUUGCUAGACACUGCAGGAGCAUACUGUAUGUAAUGAAAGUUCAAUUUACAGAGCAGGAAAUAAAAACUGACAUCUUGCAUCAUACACAUCUUGUUUGAACAUCUUUCCAGUCUCCAGUAGUUUACUUACAUUUUUUCAGUGCUGCACAGGUCUCCUCGUGGCUGGUCCCACAUCACUUUUGAUGAUUUCCGCUAAUCUGAUUCUUUCCUAUAGGAAAGCAUUGGGAUGCUAUUGCGUAUCAAUGCAUCUCUAUGAGGAACGUUCAGUGCCUCAAUGCAGAAUGUGGAGACGCUGAACGUCAGUGGUGCACUGACCCAGGAACCACCUCUAGUGUUCCUACUAGAGGUGUUCCUAGACAGUAAUGAAAAAAGGCAGUGUUUGCAUUAAAAAGCCUGCAGUUAUUCUGGUGACUGUAGUGUCCCUUAAUAAACACUUUUUCUAUUUAAUUUAAUAUUACAAUUCCAAAAUACAUACACCACAAAUGACAUCCUAACCAAGAUUUAUAAGAAAAUACAGUAUAACAAAGAAGUUAUUCAAAGCAAUGCAAUCCUUUAUCUGUGUGUGUUCCUCCAAUUAAUAAUUUACAAUGUGGCCACAAACUAAUCUGGCAGAUUGGUUUUCCGUUCUUUCUAUUUGUAAUCCUAUAGAAACCACUGGAAAAAAUGUAUACCAAAAAGAAAAAAAAAUGAAUUAAAGUGGAUUGCAGAAGAACCAGUUUAGAUCCGCAGAGGGUAAAAGAGGCCAUUCUAAAGAGGUUAACUAUUCUAAGCCCCCCUCCAAAAAUUGUGUUAAACCUCUUGACACAAGUACAUAAAUGCCCCAAUAUAUACUGAAUCCGGACCUUUUUUUUUUUUUUUUUUUUUUAAGUUCUAGGAUAAAAUUAGGGAUAUGCCCUAAUGUUGACAUGUAUCUGGUUUUCUUGCCAGUGACAUAUCUGUUGUCGCAUAAACUAGCUUCUUAUACUUUUAAUUUUUGUAUUUAAAAAAAAAAAAAAAAAACACAAAAAAUUAACUUAAAAAAAAUUAACCUAAUGAAGUGCACCAAGAAAUUAAAAUCUUAAUCUAAUGCUAACAUCAAUUCUAACAUGUACAAUGUUUCUAACCCUAAUAUUCAGACUAAUUCUAGAAUCCUAAUUUGUGACAGGGACUGUGAUUGCUGUGAAAGUCAGUGACCGUAAUAAUACACCUAAACUGUUAGUUAAAGUGAUCUUGAAAAAUGAAUAUAUUAAUUUUCCAUUAAUAUAUUUUACCAUUUUAAGGAGGCAGGCUGAGGAGUCCACAAACUUUCUUGUUGGUUUUAGUUGGCUUUAAAGCACUUUGUUUUAAACUUGUUACCUAUAUAUUUUUUAUUUUUAUGGCAUUGUAUAUGUAUAGACCGUUUUUAUUUAAUUUUUUUUAUUGCCCCUGCCCUUCCCCCCCACCCCCCCUUACUCUAGGAGUGAUCUUGGUCCUGAUGUUGGCUAUGAAGCCAUUGGUAUUGUUGACAGUUCACUGCCAACUGUUGGUGUGUUUACCCGGGCCACAGAGAAGGAUACACCAAAAAGUGCAGCUGAGUUAAGUGGUAAGUAACAAACUCCAUUUGACACGUACUCCUUCAGAUACAAAAGUAAAUAGCAUUGCUGUAAGUGUAGAAAUGGAAUGCUACAAAGUAUUGCUAGACUGAAAAAUUAUUGAUACUAGUGAUUUUAGGAUCUUGCAUAGCUAGGCACAGACAAAUUAGCCCAUCAUUUGCACACUGUUUGGUGCACUGAAACAAGUCAAUUGUGCACAUUCUCAAGCUUAUUAAUGUAUGCAUGUGAGCAAACGUGUUCCUAGUUCUAUAGUUUUAAUAUAACUACAGUGUAGCUUUGAGCACUGCAUACAGCUCAUCUGUCAGUCCCAGGUCACAGAGGAAGCCCCAGUUAUGGAUAGAUAACUGGGUCUCCCUAGUGUGAGCAGGGAAUAACUCCAUUGUGGUCUAUAGGGAUUUAAGUCCCCAUGUUAAUUGCUUCUUUCCAUGCUCUUUUUUGUAACAGGGAUUUGCAAAUCCAGGCAAUAGAUAAACUAAAAAAUAAAUAUUUUUAAUUUCUGCCCUGCCCUGUCCCUUUUUCUUGAUUAACUCACCCAUCUCAGAUUCCAAUGGACCAACAUUUUCACUCUUAACCUCUUUGGAAUUAAUGUACUUUAAAAAACAAAAACAAAAAAAAAACACCUUUUGGUGUUGGUCUUGCUCUCUUUAGCUGUGAGCUUUUCAUUUUCAAGUUUAGCCUAUCGAAACCGCCCUUUUGCAAGCCCUGUUGGCAUGCUUAUAUUACAGAAUGCUAUUGUCCCAUCUGAUUUAAAUGUUUUGAAUUAUUUUUGUUGUUUUACUUAACUGACUUUUUUACUAAGCUACAUUGGUUUACGUUUAAUUGUUUGUUUCCCAAUGGUAUGUAUCAAGAAAUGUGACAAAACUGGUGAUAAACCGUGCCAAAUUUUGGAGCGGUUUAUCACCUGUUGUUUUGUCACAUUUCUCUAUCUUACACAAGGUUUGGGAAUCCUUGUAGAUUUACUGCUGCCUAUUCACAUUAUAGAGAGCGCCUACACCUGCCUUUUUUUAUGUAUCAAGAAAUGCAGCAUUUGUUUAAAGACCAUAUCCUAUAGAAAUUGUCAUUUUAAAAAUUAAGUUUUUGUAAAAUAUAUAGUUAUUUUCUUGAAUUUAUCUCAAAUGAUUCCAUAUUAUGGUCACCAUUUCACAAGUGUUAAUGUUAUUAGUUAUUGCAAGACAAGUAUCUAUUAUAGUUGAUGUUUCUGCUAAUUGAGACAUAAAAUAUUCAUAUUCUUGGAUCAGCCAAGAUAUUCAUGUGCAAGCUUGUGUGUAUCAAUAUUAAACAUUUCACUCCCCAAAUCACCUAUGCACAUUUGUACUUUCAUUUACUGUGUAAAACUAAAUUUAGUCCAUAAAGCUUGCAUCUCCUUCAUUUGUACUCCAAUUGAUCAUACCAUACCUACAGUCGGGGAAGAGGAGUGAAUGAGCACCACAUUUUACUGUUAGUAUUAUAUAAGCAUUCUAGAAAUUGAUAAUUUUCUUGUUAGAACUCUUUUUAAAUUCCUUUAUUUUAACAAUAAAGGUAAUAAAUAAUUCACACCUGAACUAAUCAAUCCAUUCGGAAUGUACCUGUGAAGUCAUAUUCAAUGAAUGAGACUCCAAAGGUAAAUCCCAGAUGAAGAGAAUUGUGGUGUGAAUUUAAAAGAAAUUUGAUUUGGAUCAACUGUUCAAAUAAAAUUUUUGCACAAGUCUAAUAUUCUCUUACAAUGCAUUGUUUGUCCAUCUGUCAUCUAGGCACAGGCAUCCGUUCUGAGAGUGAUACCGGGGAAAUAAUUCAGACAGAAAAUACUCCAUCUCCUGUCUUACCUCAAUCAUCUCCUCCUUCCACGCAGCAGAAGGAAACCUAUGGAAAAGGAGUGGUGUUUUACCUGCGUGACAACAUAGUAGUGGGGAUUUUGCUGUGGAAUAUCUUUAAUCGAAUGCCUAUUGCACGCAAAGUACGUAUUGAUAGCCUGAGUCCACUGCAUUGGGUGCUAAUCUCUCGCUUUAAUCUUUCAAGUAAAUCCAUACCCCCUAACAGCAGUGUCCGGUGAAGCAGAAUGUCAGUGGGCGGGGUAAAAGGGUGGGCCACUGACUCGAGUCAUGUAAUCAGAACCGCCCAAAUGGGCGAACAUGCCCAAAAAGGGGGCGUGUCUGCACAGAAAAUUAGAAAGUCAGCCUGACAUGAAUGUAUGUCAGGCUGCCUGCCAAUCAUGCAGGCUGGCCAACAAUGGGCAUACUAUGCAGACAGCAUAGUCAAUAUAAUGUAAAAGAUAGAUGGGGAAAAUUCUUUAUUUACAAAAAAUACCACAACUUCAAAAAAGGGGUAAACAAAACAAAAAAAUUGCUAACUUAACUUUAUCCCAUUUGCUUGUCAAACUUGUUUCCUGCAACACCUGCCUCUGUGCUGAACUGGUCCUAAACAUAGCAAAUAUUCCAUACACUCCAGUCUACAGUUUUGCUUCCCUAGAUCCCUCCUAAGUUUGCAUACUUAAGGAAGAGCAUGUGAAGAGUAGUAAAAAAAAAUAAAAAUGGGCCUAUUCCAUGGACAUGGGCCUGAAGCUGCAGCUCCAUCAGCCCCCAUGUUAAUCCGGCCCUGCUUCUCCCCCUCUCAGAAUGUUGCAAGGUGAAGUAAAUCUUCCAAAUGAACAUGUGUAAAUCUGUCCGGCAUGCCCAAUGCACCUUUUCCUGCAUUCCUAUCAAUAGAACACUGAAUAGUGUCCUCCCUGGAGUGGGUAUGAAAAGCAUUAGAAAAAGAAGAUAAAUAUGAAAAAAGUCAGAGCGAGGCAAGCUUCUGAAUGAGACACAUGUCCCUUCAAAUAUGCAGUCUAAUAAAAGCAAAGAACAAUUCUACACAUGGAAUUGAUGAAUUUGAAAAUCCUAGAUUGAAAAGUCCCUAAAAUUGAAGAAAAGAAUUUGAGUAAACAUGGCAGAUGUUAAAGUAAGCUUAACACUUCAGUUUAAUGUAUUUCCUCUACCUGACCAUGUCAAUCCUCUAAUGGAGAGGGAACUAUUCCCAUUACAAUAAAUUGCUGUAAUAUUUUGCUGUACACAAUAGGUGGGAUAGUGUAGACUGCUUCUACCUGUGUACGGAAUUGUAAAUAAGAUUAAGUAGGACAGCAGCAAGACCACUGAUAUUUCUUAUGAGUUAAAACCUGGUUACAACUGGAUUAUGUCAUAAUGCCACCUGACCAGUUACAUGGUUGCAGAGACACUACUGUAACUCUUGAGAUCUAUUCCAAAUGGUACUUUUGGGGGAACAAGAGAAACAUCUGAUCACAUUACUUAAUUUAUACUCCCACCUGUGUGGAUAGCAAGGGUACACAUGAGGGUGGGUUAUAGUGCAAUGUAAUUGACAAAUCUGUGAUAUUAAAUGUUUUGAGUGGAGUGAUUGCUGACAAUAAUUUGAAAAGAGACAACUGACAUAUAGGUGUGGAGCCUUGUAGAUAAGUAUCCACUUGCUGAACCAAACUUUAAAGGUUAAAUACCCUUCCUUAAUACUUUUCCUCCAGGCAUCCAUAUCUUCAAUGUUUUAGGAGAUGGCAGAGAGUGGGGUAGGGCAGAUGGCUAUCUGGGUGGGCCUUUUAUCAAAUCAUGUCAUGUACAAGUGACUGACUUGUUUGUUUUUUUGUUUAAUCCUUGCUAGUUGUACAUCUCAAAUAUUUUCUGUGAUUAACACCAGGUGGUUUUCUUAGAUUAGUUCCUGUGGUGAAAUACAUACAAGGAGUGCAUUCCACUUAUGCUAUUCUGGACUUUUCAGUCCAGGUAAUGGCUAAAUAAGCACAGCAUGUUGCACUCCCAAUAGCACAACAUACUUCCUGUACUCCGGCAAGAUCACAUUUUGGUGCCAAAAUUGAAACCGUAUAUAUUUUUUCCUCUCGUAUAGUGGCAGUACUGAACAAGUGGGAUGUAACUUCUGCUAUGGACAAGAAGCUCCCCCUCAAAUUUGAAUAUAUAGGAUAGGCUCCCGCCUGCUGCCCAUAUAAACCCUGUACCUCAAAGAAAACACCAGUUCUUCUUGUCCCAACAACAGGACGGACAAGCUCCUCCAAAGGACCAGGCAGAGAUCGGUGCGGUCAACACAGGCUGCUGAUCUGGGAGGUGAGUGCCCGAUAGCUCCCCAUGUGGGAUCUGAGCGGCUGAAAAAACUUCAGUUCAGUUGCAUUAUGGAACGCGACUGGAAGCCGGCUUAUGUGGCCACAUCCUGGGAAGUCCCGGGCGGACCUCCCACCUACAACACUGACGCAUGCGCACAGCCGUGGAACGCACGCCCAGGAGGUGUUGCGUUCCACUGAACACCAAAUCGCACUACUGUGCAUGCUCGAAACGGUAGUUCUAAAUUUUGGCACUAAAUUCAAUUUAUUUAGCUAUAAAUACUGUGCGGAACUUGUCUAACCCCAAGGGUGGGUGCCUCAGUGUCACCAGCCCUUCUGCACGGUGGUGAGGUGUUUGAGUUGAGAAUUUAAUUAAAAUCUCCCUUGAACACUUGCAUUUGGUAGCAUGCCUUCUGAUGCACAGUAUUUCUCUUUCACAUCUAGAGAGUAUGUACAGUCCUACUUCACCGUAUAAAGCUGAAAAAGAAAAGAUGUCAGCUCCUAUCCCAAAAAAUGCUAUGAGCAAAUCAAAACACUUGUGUUGUUUGGAAUGUGCAGUCCCUCUGCCUGACGGAUGUCGUAAGAAAACCUGUAAUCAAUGCUCGACGGAAUUACUGGAGAAAUCCAAGCAAAACGAAAUGUCCACAUUCCUGUGCUGGUUUCAGGAGAAUUUAUCACAGACCCUCGAGUAAUUUAAAGAUACCAUUAAAAAAAGACAGUGGGUCUGUUACUAUUCAGGACAGACAAAAAAAACGUAGGAGAGAAAGAUCUCCAACCCUGUCUAAGCUCUCAUCGGGGGAAUGGUCAUCUUCUUCCCUUUUGGAGUUUUCCAGUCUGGCUUCAAGUGUGGAGGAAGGAUUCCCUCCAGAUGAAUUGAAAAAGCUUAUCAAGGAAGUAUCGACAGGUCAGGAAACUGAACCUACCAAGGGUAAGGUAAAAGGCUUUCCUACGCACCCUAGGAUUAUGGAACUUUUACAAAAAGAGUGGAAAAUUUCGGAAAGACAUGCUUUUAUUUCUAAGUACUUCAAACUGCUUUUUAAGCUACAGACUGAAGAAAAAUGGGAAGACCUUCCAAAAGUCGAUAUUCAAGUAGCACAAUUAUCAAAGAAAACCACGAUCCCUAUUGGUGAGGAUUCUGGGUUAAAAGAUCCCAUGGACAAGCGGGCCGCAACGCCUAGCAGAAGAAUAUUUCAGGCUGCUGGUUACCAAUUCAGAGCUGGUAUUUCUGGUUCAGCAGUGCUUAAAGCCAAGAGUAUGUGGCUUCGAGCCCUAGAAGAUUCUCUUAUGGGGAAAUCCGAUAAAGACCCGGCUCAGCUGUUGUUUCUUCUGAAAUUUUCUAAUGAGUUUCUUUCAGAUGCCUCUGAUGAAAUGCUACAAUUAUCUGCCAGGAUAAUGGGUUUGUCCUCGGUGGCCAGAAGAGCCUUAUGGCUCAGAACUUGGACAGCGUAUUCAGCUUCUAAAUCUGCUUUAUGUGAGCUACCUUUCGAGAGGAACAAGUUCUUUGGCACCCCUCUGGAAUAUAUAAUAAAACAGAUGUCUGAAAACAAGAAAGCAUUGCCUCAGGAUUCUAGAAAUUCAGGACCUCAGAACUAUAAAAAAAAUAUCCGUUCAGAGGACAACGUUCCUUUAACUAGCAGGGGAGAUUUUGGAAAUUUCACAAACAGAACAGUGACUCCAUAUUCAGAGAUCUCCAUAAACAGGACAAAAAGGAAAAGUAUUGAGUAAAAGUAAAGAGUGGGAGGUCGUCUUCAGUUCUUUUCUCAAAUGUGGACAGAUACGACUUCAAAUUAUUGGAUUCUGAAGAUUAGUUCAGAAGGAUACAGAAUCCGCUUUUCUACAGUACCAAAACCAUCUUUUCUGCUUUCAAAGUAUCCAUCAUGAAAGAAAUAAGAGGCACUCCUAUCAGAAACCCUACUACUGUUACACAAGGACGUUAUAGAAAAAGUAUCCAGAUACCAGGAAUUUCAGGGGGUUUACUCUCGCCAGUUUUUAGUUCAGAAACCAGAUAAAUCCUUCCCUCCUAUCCUAGACCUCAAGGAUUUUAAUGCGUGUAUCUCUUAUCAAAGGUUCCGUAUGGAAAAUAUUUUAUCAGUGAUGGACAUCUUACAGAAGGGAGAAUUCAUGGCAAAGUUGGAUUUAAAGGAUGCCUACCUCCAUGUUCCAUUGUCAGUAUUUUCUUGGAAGUUUCUAAGGUUUGCAGUACUAACAGGAAAAAGAAAGAUUCUUCAUUUUCAGUUCAAAGCCCUUCCGUUCGGCCUUUCAUCAGCCCCUCGCAUCUUUACAAAGAUCCUGGCUCCUAUAGCAGCAACCUUACGCUUAAGAGGUGUGACAAUAGUUCCUUACCUGGACGAUUGGUUCCAAAAAGCAGAAUCAGAACAUCUCCUCAGGUUACACCUCAAGAUCACCAGAAAGGUUUUGGACAAUCACGGUUGGCUUUUAAACUUACAAAAAUCUCAGAUUAUUCCUUCAGCAAGACUGGAAUUCUAGGGGCUUCUGGUGGAUUCAGGGUCUCUCUCUCCCCCUGUUUCUUCCCAUGUUAAAAUAAAGAAGAAUUUGCAGGGCCGUUUCAAAAUUACAAAAGAAUGUAUGCUACAUCAGAUAGGCCAUGAGUGUCCUGGGGCUUCUCAUCUCCACAAUCCCAGCAGUUGGUUGGGCAAAAGCGGAAAUAAGACCUUUACAAUGGAACAUUCUUGCACAAUGGUCAAGACAAAAGGAAGAUUUGGAUUCCGUUUCUCGCCUACUAAAAACUAAAUUGGUGGAAAGACAAAACACCCUUUCCAGAGGCUUUUUAUUCGAACAGAAAAGAUGGAUUACCAUCACAACAGAUGCCUCUCGAACUGGUUGGGGCGCCCAUCUGGGUUCACGGUUCAUUCAAGGGGAAUUGACUUUGAAAGAAGCAAAAGCAUCCUCCAACUUCAGAGAGAUGAAGGCAGUAACGAAUGCUUUGAAAUCUUUCAGUCCAGUUAUUGCCACUCAAGCCAUAAGGAUUCAGUCAGACAACGCCACCACAGUGGCUUACUUAAACCCACAAGGGGGCACAAAAGUAAAAUACCUUCAAGAUCUGUGUUGCCUUAUCAUGUCUUGGGCCAAGUCUAUGAUAAACUCACUCUCAACAACUCAUAUCAGAGGGUCUCUGAACACCAUCGCAGGCGACCUCAGCAGACAACAUUGGUCUCAAGCAGACUGGUCCCUAAAACCCCAGAUGUUCUCGGAAUUGGUAAUCCGAUUCUGCUUACAAGAAAUCGACCUUAUGGCCACAAGUUAAAACAGGAAAGUCCCCACCUUCACUUCUGUCCGGGCACAGGAUUUCCCAGACUUCCUAGAUGGCCUCUCUCUCACCUGGAACUUCAACAUGGGAUACAUUUUCUAUCCAAUAGCCCUGAUUCCAAGGAUUAUUCAAAAAAUCUGAUGGGGGGAAAAAAGCAAGGGUUCUAACCAUUUUGCCCUUCUGGCCAAACAGAAGCUGGUUCUCCGAAAUAGAACAUAUGAUUUCACGCUGGGCUCUCCCAAUUUCAGACAACUUCAUAGAGCAUGUGAAUCUUCCGGUAGAGACCGUGGAAAUGUUCCACCUGACUGCAUGGCUACUGCAAGGAUGAUCCUCUGUGAGCGAGGGCUUUCAGACAGUUUGAGUGACAUUCUUCUGGCAUCAGUCCGUUUAUCUACUUCUAAGAUAUAUCUCAGGAUUUGGAUGAAGUUCAGGUACUGGUGUGCUCAGAAAGGUUUCAAUCCUGACAAUUCGUCUAUCCCUGAUAUUUUGUCUUUUGCAGGAUGUUUUUUGUUAGUUGGUUUAGGUGUUUCAACACUCAAGAUCCAAAUUUCAGCAUUGAGUCACUUCCUUGUGCGUGAUAUAGCUUCUAUCAUUCUUAUACGCAGAUAGUUUAAAUCAAUCCUACUGAAACGUCCUCAUUAGCUUUCGCCUUUUCCUACCUGGGAUUUGUCUUUAGUCCUUCGGGCUCUUUGUGAACCUCAUUUUGAACCUUUGCAGGAUGUUUCCCUAAAGCUGCUUACAAUCAAGACAGGCUCUUUCUGCAGCUUCUGAGUUUACCAUCUUCCAUCAAGAAAAAGUAGUCUUGCAUCCCAUACCUUCCUUUUUCACCUAAGGUUAUUUCAAAGAAAUCAGUGAGCCAACCUAUUAUUCUGCCUUCCUUCUGCCAAUCUCAAUCUUCGGAGCUUGAAAAAAAGUAGCAUCUCCUAGAUGCUAGAAGAGCGUUGGAAAUCUAUCUUCAUAGAUCACAAGGCUUUAGGAACUCUGAUCAUCUCUUUGUCAUUUUUCAAGGCUCUGGUAAAGGUAGAAAAGCCUCCAGACCUACUAUUGCUAGGUGGCUAACGGAAGCCAUAAAACUGGCUUAUGAAACCCGAGGUGUUCCCAACAGAUUUCCAGUGAAGGCUCACUCCACGAGAGCAAUGGAAACUUUCUGGGCUGAAAGAUCUGCAGCUUCGCCAGAAGACAUCUGUAAGGCAGAGACUUGGUCUUCAUUACACACCUUUAUUAAGCAUUUUAGCAUGGACAUAUUCUCAUCCUCUGAAGCGACUUUUGGGCAGAAGGUGCUCCAGGCAGUGGCCUUCUAAUUUCCUACCCUUUGUUUGUUACAAGGAUCUUGCUAUAGCCCUCUUGUUCAGUACUGCCACUAUACGAGAGGAGAAACAGUAAUUUUACUUACUGUAAAUUACUUUUUUCUUAGUAUAGUGACAGUACUGCCGUUCCCUCCUCUUUUUGUAUGGAUUAAAUUAAUUUUGCAGUAUAAGGUCUCCGUUUGGUUCCUUUUAUAACUGGUGUUUCCUUUUAGGUUCAGGGUUUAUAUGGGCAGCAGGCGGGGCCUAUCCUAUAUAUUCAAAUUUGAAGGGAAGCUUCUUGUCCAUAGCAGAAGUUACAUCCCACUUGUUCAGUACUGCCACUAUAAUUUUUAUAAAUGUACCUGCAAGAUGAGAAAACAACAUCAUUUGUGCACACCAAAUGAAUGAAUAGACAAAUAUAAAAAUAAAAUCGACUUUAUAUAAACACAGAAAUAUGCUGCCCGCAAUUGACCUCUAGUGUCCAGUGACUUGUGUAAGAUCCAGCAGGACACUUCGAAUCUGGUGCGGUAAGAUGCAAUGAGUAUAUAGGUUGUCUGCCUGUAGCACAUUUCUUCUGUGUGUGGCAUUAACAGCAAAACUGUAGGAGAUUUAAUGCAAGCAGAGGAGAGCUACUGAAAACACAUCUGGCCAUCUUGGAUGCCAGGCCCUGUCCCCUCUAGUGUCCCUUUUACUUUAGACAUGGGGAAUAAAAUUUGGCCCGUGCAUUCUUUAAUCUAAGUGAGUUAGAGCAGGGCUAGAGAUGGUGGGGUUUUUUCAUAACCGGUUGGAAAGCACGCCCCCUCUCAAAGUAUGCAUGUUGGUUCGAUGCUCUUGCAUAUCCUGCGCAUCACAAGCAAGUUUAAUGACACACUUACGCUGUGUUAGCUUGUGACUUGUCUCCGGUUUCUCAGUAAGUGGGAUACCAGAGGACAAAAGGGCCAGGAAAGCGUAUUGUGCAUGUGUCUGGAGGCUGCUAGUGGGAUUUCGCGUGUGUAGAGUGAGCUGAUUGUGAUGGUCUCACCCAUUUCGUCCGAAAAAAGGUUAUAAUCUGCUGAAAAUUACACACCCCCUUCCAGGCCCUGUGCACCCACCCUGGGGGGCACAAUGUCAGUGAGACCAGCAGGAGGGAAGCGCACUGCGCUCCUCUUCCAGACAGUUUUCAGAGAAUAGGCAGUGUUUACAUUGCCCCUAGGGACACCUCGAAGUGGCCACUCUUUAGAUGGCCAAUGGAGGGGCUUCCUGGCUCAGGGCUGCACAGUAAGCAGCCCUGCCAUUCAGCGUCCCCACGCUCUGCAUGGAGACACUGAAUUUUCCUCAUAGAGAUGCAUUGAUUACUAAAUGGUACUGGGAUUCUGCACCCAGACCACUUCAAUCAGAUGUAGUGGUCAGAGUGACUAUAAUGUCCCUUUAAAGUUCAUGAAAAUACAAUUAGAAAAACACUGAACAAGUAUGGUUUGUGUAACAAAUCCCCCUAUAGUCCGACUGAGUAUAUUCGUUGUAAUUCUCCCGAGUCCCAAAGUGAAGCAGUGAUUAUAGCUCUGGUAUACCCAAACAUCAGCCAAGACUUGAUGAAGGGUACAAGAAGAAUGUUUUAUUAUGGCCCAGUGGCCAGCUUAUAUACACAGACUUGGGUCUCCAUUCACUUGUACAGUAAGCCCGCCGGGCGACUCUGGGUCUGGGAGCUUGCUUUUAUUUAAACUAAUUAUCUCCCAUGCACUAGAGGUACAAAAUAUUUUAUACAGAAACACAGCCGAAUCGCCACCGGGGUAAAGUUUUGACCGACUGCACACGUGGUGUCUGCCCAAAUUAGUUCCAGAGAAAAAGUGGUGGUAGUGGUCGGUCACUUUUGGGAGUCCAAAACGAAUAAAAUGUAAAAACGGUUCUCCUGGCUCAUAGGUAGCAAUUGUUCACCUAGUUUGUGCACACAAUCCUACUGAACAGGGCUCUCCUGACUUGUCAGGAAUAGAAGCAGGCGUCCAUGCAAAAUCAGAGGUUCGCCGUGGCUGUAUCCGACUUCCAUACGCUCAACGACCAAGUCCCGCUGCCUGCGUUUGUGAGACAACAUGGCCGCCGUUUUCCACAGCACGUGUUGUUUGGUUAUACGAAUGGUGGCCACACAGAGAGAGCACUUAAGUUUGUGGUUAGUUUGUAGUUAAAGGGACACUAUAGUCACCCUGACCACUUCAGCUCAAUGAAGUGGUCUGGGUGCCAGGUCCCUCAGGUUUUAACCCUUCAGAUGCAAACAUAGCAGUUUCAGAGAAACUGCUAUGUUUACAUUUGGGGUUAAUCCAGCCUCUAGUGGCUGUCUUCUGGACAGCCACUAGAGGUGCAUCUGCGACGCUGGAGGCACAUUUCGCCUCUAUCACACAGAGUGUCCAUAGGAAAGCAUUGAGAAAUGCUUUCCUAUGGACACUUUGAAUGCACGCGCGGCACUUGCCGCGCAUGCGCAUUCGGCUUCGCUGACGUCGGCGGGGGAGGAGAGGUCACCAGGUCAUGCCAUACAGUUUGUAUGGAAGGAUUGCCAGGACAAAGUUUUUUUUUUUUUUUUUCUCUCUCUCUCUCUCUCUCUCUCUCUAAAAAGAACAUGGGUGCACUGCUUAGGUUUGCAUAGUUGCAUCUGAACAAACUACAAGACUUUUGGAACAGUGUCCUUUGGACAGACAAGACCAAAGUGGAGAUAUUUAGCGAAAAUAAAACACAGCAUAUCGGCACAAACACCUCACACCAACUGUCAAGCAUUGUUGUGUAGGGGUGAUGAUUUAGGCUUGUUCUGCAACCACCAAAGUAAUCUAGAUUCAAAUGUGAGGGCAUCUGUCCGACAGCUCGUGCUUGGCCAAGAUUGGGUCAAUUAUCCCAAGCACAGCAGCAAAUCUACAACAGAUUGGCUGAAAAAUAAAAGAAUCAAGGUGUUGCAAUGACCCAGUCAAAGUCCAGACCUCAAACCAAUUGAAAUGUGGUGGUGUGACCUUAAGAGAGCUGUGCAUAAACAAAUCCCAGCAAACAAGCAACAUUGUAAAGAAGAGUGGGCCAAAAUUUCUCCAUAACGAUUUGAGAGACUGAAAACUAUUGCUUCAAGUUAAUUCUUGCUAAAGGUGGUUCUACAAGCUAUUGAAUCAUAAGGUGUACUUAGUUUUAUUUUUGUUAAAUAUGACGCAGUUUAAUAUGUCAUGUGGUGGUAUUCAACUGAGGUUAUAUUUAACUAAUUUAAGGACCUGCUAAGGAACAGAGAUAAUUGUUCUUAUGUCUACAUUAUUCUUCCCAUGAAUGUAUAUGUGCUUUAAUGGAAUGUAUUUGUAGAACUGCAUCUUGGACAUCUUUACACACAUUUACAGAGCCUUGUGUACUAGACAUCUUGGCGAAGAAGCUUCUUUCGGGUGUAAAGUUUAGCAGGCAAUCUUUACAUUAUAAUUUUGUUUGACUUUUGGGUUAUAUACCAGCUUUCACUUUGGCUAGAAACCAUUUUUGCCCACACUUGCAGACUGAAAGUUUAAAUCGUUCCUGAGAUACUCGGUAGGAUUGAGAUCAGGACUGGGCCGCUGUAGGCUAACUGGGAUUUCCAAACUAUUUGUUCUUUAUUCCUCUUUGUCACAACUUUCAUUCAGAUCUGCAGCCUGACCUUUAAAUUUUAUCCAAAGUGGGACUUUGGUCCCAAGAUAAAAGCUUGUUAGUCUUAUGAUUAAGCCACCAGAAAUUAACCCUAUCAGUGAUGGACUGUUAGUCUCACAUCCAUGGGCAUUGCUGUACAGUAUACCACCAUAAUGCCCGGUGUCGUCUAGCCACAGUUGCCUCCCUACCAGGAGCUCGAGUUCCAUCACCCACUCCUCCAGGGGCUGCUCUUCCAGAAAAGGCAUCCGCAAAGCCAUUUGUUCCAUGAGAGUGCUGCUCUUGCUUUGGGAGGCUCUCUCUCCGCUGAACCUGAACUCCCUCCAGGACCUUGUACCAGAGUUCUUUACAUGCAUCCUGACAUACAUACUGAUAUAUAUACAUACAUACUGACACACACACACAGACAUACAUACAUACUGAGAUAUAUAUACAUACUGACAUACAAACACACACAUACAGAUAGACACAUACAGACAUACUGACAUACAUGCAUACUGACACACACACAGACAUUAUGGUUGUCACCCCCUGAUGGCAGCCCUGCCCCCACAAUGGGCACAGGGUGACUUAAACAUAGGAGUCAUCCAGGGAUCUAAUUGAAGUUUUCAUCUUAUGCUCCCAGUGAUGGUGACUACCGUCACCCAUGAUGUUUGCCUUGGUGGUUCAGACUCAACCUGCUGUCUUUGAGCAAGAGAUACAGUAAGACCAUUCCUGGUUCAUUAACCUACCUAACACCCAUUGCCUUGGACUUUGGCUCUGGGAUCUAUCCUCUGUGAGUCUUCUUCAUAGGGGUCUGACAAAGCUUCAACUGGCUUGUCUCCUCCAUUUUUACUUGCAUUCUCAAACUGUGGCAGAUUGUUGAAACUUCUAGGUCUCCUGGUAACCUCUUCAGAUGCAGUACAGUUUGCCAGAUUUACCUUUGGUACCUACAAUUUUUCCUCACGUUGUAGAAUUAGGACACUGCAGAUCUUUUGCAGAGAUUUAUACUGAACCAUCUAGUAUGGUCCCUUCUCUACUUUUUGUGACCUAGGGCUGCUCCUUUUGCAGGUCUGAGUGGGCCAUGGUCUCAGUGGACAGCGAUGCCUUGUGAUGGAAUACAGUGUGGCAGUUGUUCUGGGCUAGGGAGACUUGUUUUCCUAUGUAGGCAAGGUUACUAAUCAAUGUCCUAAAACCCCAGAGGGCAGACUUUAAUGCUCUCAAGUCAUUGUUUAGCCUGUAAAAGUCACAACUAUAUGAAUCUAGUUUUACUGUGUCACUGUGGCUUAUGUCGGUCUGCAAGGAGUCAAGACAAGCAGGCAUCCAGGAACCUCCAGUGGGACACAAGUCUUGCAAGGUGAUUCUGAGAGUAGAUAACUGGGAAGCCAAUUUCCUCAGGUUCAAGAUGAUUCACCUUGGGAAUAGCUUCAUUGCCUAAAAGUGUACACCUCUCUGGAACUGAAAUGCCAUAUGCUACGGAUCUCAUGGCCAUAACCACAUUGAUUAAAACAAAUGUAUCUGUAAGCAUAUAUUCUGUUUUAAUUUUGAGUUCUCCGUGGAUGAAAAGAUGAGGAAAUUACUAAAAAUUGUCAACCAAUCCUAGUCCUCUAAUUUGGGGUUAUGUGCUAAAUGGUAAUUGUGCAAAAGCGUAAGCGUACCCCAGAGCAUCUUUUAGAGUUAAUUAUAAAUAAAUGUAUUUAUUUACAAUUCCCUCUUGAAGAUUCUCUGGGGGAAUAAUUAUAUUGUGCAUUGGAUCUCUUGUCAAGAUUCUCUGAACAUACAGAUGUUCAACUGUAAUCUUUUUAUUGAUUACAAAAUUACAUUAAAAUGGUAUAUUUAAAGUUUUAAACUGAGAGGUAGGGUUAUUCUUUUUGUUGAAAGAAAUAUCGGUUUCCUUUUUGCUUUUACUAAUAGAACCAGAGAGCCUCAAAUUCAGUUUCAUGCUGUCAGUGGAAGUAUUACAAUUUAGAACUAAUCAAGAAAUGAGGAAAAUGUAUUUAUACUUACCAAAAUUUUUUUUUUUGUGGCAGCAUUGAAUUAAUGAGUUAGCUCCUCCUUACAGCAAAAUGAAGACAAAGGUAUAAGUAGAUCUCCCAACAGCCCCAGAUUCCCUGAUGCAGAUUUGUUGCUCUCUUCACUCAGUCAUUUUGGAUGCGACAGCCACACAGUACACAUGUUCACUUAACAGCAUCUAGAGCCUCACUGACUAGUACAGUGAAGUCUUCAUUGUUCAUGCAUUCGCAUUCCAGUCCACUCUCCUUGGCUGCCGGGUUACAUAGGUUAUCGUGCAAACCAUACUUGUUAUUAACAAUGACUGGACUUUGUCCGGACAGACCUUGUGUGUGUGACUGCAGGGAUGUAUGAACACACACACACAAACACCUGGUGUAAAACAGUCACCAGUGGAAUGUGCCUGCUGGUUCUGCUUGUUCUCAUGGUCAUUACCAGCUGUACUUUUACACCACAUUUUAGAACAAAACACUUUUCAAAUGGCAGAGGAUAAAUGGGAACAUUAGCGGACAUUUAUCAAUGUUUGCACAGGCUUAGCCUUUGAGCUGUGUUAUGGUGUAAUUUUCUAUUUUUAAAAAAAAUGUAAAAUAUAAAUUUUAAAGAAAAGUAACUUGUAAAAGAAAGCUUAACACAAGUUAAGGGGGAUUUUCAAUAUUUAAUUGUAAUGGUGUAAAUUCACUAAAAGGAACAGUUACCGUUGAAUCCUGUAUUACUAACCCAAGAGUUAAUCUCUGUAUUCAGCUAUACAAAUUGCCCUCUGUACCCAGCCUCAUCUAAAAUGUCAUAUAUUUUGUACAGUGGUCAAGCAUGUCAGUUAAUGACAUAAUUAGAUUUUUUUUUUUUCAAUUUGACAAUUUUUAUUUUGUCAUAAGUCAAAAAUGGGGUACAGAAAAUAAAGGGGAAAAGGGGCUUCAGAUGUGACACCGUACAUGCAGUUGUUUAUACGCAUUGGAUGUAAAUAGUACUUUGGUGUAAUAUGUGCAACAUAGGCAGCACCAAUAUCUUGCCACAUUCGUGAUAUGAGAAGUCUAUAUGCAGUAGUUGCUGUUAGCCCAAUAUUAGCCUUUUAGCAUUGUGCUCUGGUAACAUUGAGUAUCUUUGUCUAUACUUGUUGCAUCCUCUUUUAUUUUAUUUUUUAUUUUUAUUUUUUCCAAUUGACGAUUUUUAUAUCCCUGAUCAUCCAUGGGGUACAGAAGGCAAAGAGGAAGGGUUUGGGGUUGCGUUUAUAACAUUUUAGCAGUAAUUAGUACAUUACUUUAUGGUGCAUACUUAUUUGCGGGUAUAUUACAAACAUCACUUUUCGUUCAGUUAUGGCUUUGUUCGCGCUUGCUCCCUCUAUUGUCUUCUUGGGACUCCUUUUAUGGGAGUCUUCUUUCUCCGGAAUGCCCUAGUAUUAAGUUUGGGUGGUGCAUAGGGUAGGUUGUGGAAUGAGAGGGAAGGGGGGGGGGGCUAUUUAACAGUUCUUUGCUAAACCACAGAGAGUUUCCCCCACUAGGCUUCCCCUGUUUUGUGGCUUUGCUCGUUCCCUUUGUAUUACUUAUGUGUGUUGUUGGAGCUUUGUGGCCAUGUUCGAGAGGUUUGUGUUUGGUUUAGGUGUCUCCCUGUGUUAGCACCGGUGUCAGUUGACACAACUAUGUACAGUGUGGGUGUCCACUCUUCUGUCUCUCUCCCCUAGGGGCUGUCAUCGUGAGCUUUCGAAUUGAUCCAAUUUCGCCUCUCUCGCCUUAUGUUAGUCUGAUAGCCUACAUAUGUGGCUUACAGUAUUUCGUUGUCGCUCUGCUCCUUUCCUCUUCCUUCCAGGAAUAUUUCCCACUCUUGUUUGGCUAACAUUUUAUAGUCUUGUAGUUAAUGUCCUGUGUGUGUUCUUGUCUCAUAAUCUAUAUUUGUGGUGGCUUGCUUGAUCACUAUCUCUAUAUCUGGGGUGUCGGUCUGUUUCCACGCCUUUGCAAUGUGUAAGUUCGCUGCAAUCAAUAUGUGGAACAUUAGGAAGGCUUGGGUUUUGGUGAAUUGCUCUAGGGUCGUGAAAAGGAGUCCGCACUCGGGUUCUAGCAUCACUGUUUGGUGUAUAGUUUUUGAGAUUAUGUUGCCUUCUUCCGCCCAGUAGGCGGUGAUGCGGGGGCAUGUCCACCAUAUGUGGUACAUCAUGCCCUUCUCCUACUCACACCUCCAACAGCUCAUGGACGUUUGAGGGUAUAUAGGCGCUAGCCUGGCCGGUACCCUGUACCAUCUGUACUGUAUUUUGCGCAUUAGCUCGAAGCGUGAAGCGCAUCUGGAUCUGCCCUUGUGUGCUAUGAAUGCCUUCUGCCAGAGCUCUGUUUGUAAUGUCUUACCUAUAUCUACUUACCAUGCUUCUUGGUACUUCUCCGGUUCCUCGCCCAGUGGGUCAAUCAGCACCCUAUAUAGGCUAGAGAUCAUUUUUUUCGGUAUAAUUCUGGCUACGCAAAUUCGUUGGUCUUUACUUCCCUGUGUGUUACUUUCUCCGUGUCGCGCUCUAGGAGUGAUUUGAGUUGGCAAUAUGAGAAUAAUGAGCGAGGUGGCAAACUGUAUCGGCUCUGGAGGUCCGGGAAUUGCAAUUGCAUUAGGGUAUCGUUGUGGUAUAGGUGUUUGAUCAAUGUACAGCCUCCUUUUUCCCAUGGCCCGUGGUCGAAAGGGGGGUUUGCAAUGUGUAUGCUUUGUAUUGGGGUCGCUAGGGACCAUGAUUUAGUGUGUCCUAGUUGGGUUUUGACUGCAUCCCACGUUCUCAGCAAUAGAGACGUGGUGUCAGGCACCCCCAUUAUUUUAGGGCGUAGUUUGUAGGGUAUCCAGAAUAGAUAGUGUAGACCUUUUGGGCAUGUCCACGUCGAUUCUACGUCUACCCAUUGCGGUCUGUCCUCCGCUGUAUGUGCUAGGACCGCCGUGGCCAAAAGGGUCGCUUUGUAGUAUGUGCCCACGUCAGGUAUUCCUAGUCCCCCUUCUGUCACCGGUCUGCUCAGUAUUUUAGUUGCUACCCGUAUUUUGCGAUUCGCCCAUAUGAUUCUGUUUAUGGUUUGUUGGAGUUUUUGCAGGAAUAUUUUAGGUAUUGGUAUCUGUAGUGUGCAAAAUAGGUAUUGGAGUUUGGGCAUCACCAUCUUUUUGACAGCUGCUAUCCUUCCCACCCAAGAUAGGUAUUUGUCCUCCCAUGUUUGUAGGGUGUCAACUAUGUCUCUCCUUAGCCUUUCGUAAUUGUGUUCAUGGAGACCUGCUACGGUCUUAGUUAUUCGCAGACCCAGGAAGGUGAGGUAGUCAUCCCUCCAAUCUAGGGGGAAUGUAGCUCUUAGUUGAGCUAUUGUGUGGCCUGGCACUCCCACUCCCAUUGCUUGCGUCUUUGUGACGUUUAGCUUGUAGUGUGAUUGGUCCCCAUAUAGGCGUAUUUUGUUCAAUAGGUUCGGCAGCGAACUUUGGGGUUGUAUAAGUGUAAGCAGAAUGUCGUCCGCAAAAAGAUUUGUUUUGUAUUCUUUUCCCCUGACUCUCACUCCUUGUAUGGAUGUGUUCUCUCUAAUUUUAAUUGCUAGGGGCUCCAGUGCCAUCACAUAUAAUAAGGGGGAAAGAGGGCACCCCUGUCUCGUCCCGUUGGUAAGUUUAAAGGGGCUUGACAGGAACCCCGAGUUCAGCACCUGUGCUGUUGGGGCGCUGUAUAGGGCUUUUAUCACUGCCACUAUCGUGUCUGGGAUUCCGAAUCUCCACAGGACCGCCUGGAGGAAUCCCCAGUGCAGACGGUUGAAGGCCUUUUCUGCAUCUAGGGAGACUAGUAUCCCCCCCCCCACCUUGUGUUUGUAUCUUGUGCAAUAUAGUUAGGACCUUCCUGGUGUUGUCCGACCCCUGUCUCCCUUUAACGAACCCCACUUGAUCGUUGUGUAUUAUGUGUGGCAGCACGGACCCUAGUCUUGUGGCGUAGAGUUUUUCAAGUAACUUUGCGUCCGUGUUAAGAAGUGAUAUGGGCCUAAAGUUCUGUGGGGUCGUCUGUGUUUUAUUCGGUUUCGGGAGUGUGACGAUGUGUGCCAAUAAGAUCUCCUUGGGGAGAGAUUGGGUGGCUAUCGCUUCAUUAAAGGUUUUGACCAGUUGGGGUGCCAGGGUCUCCCUGAACGUGUUAUAGUAUGUGUUGUUGAGGCCAUCUGGACCCGGGGACUUCCCGUUUGGUAGUGAGUUUAUCGUGUCAAUCAUCUCCUGGGCUGUAAUCGGUUUAAGUGCUUCCCGUUGUAUAUGUGUUAGUGAUGGUUGUCUAGUGGUGGUGUUAUCUUUGAGGUUAUAUAGAUCUGAGUAAUAUCGGGCGAAUACUUCGCUAAUGUCCUUUGGGGUAGAAGCUUUUGUCCCCUUAUGGUCUAUUAAGUGAUGUAUUUUUUGGUUUGCCUGUUUGUUUUAGGCAGAGUGCUAAUAGUUUGCUGGCUUUGUUGCCCUGUACAUAGUGUGUUGCUUUUAGUUUGGUCAUGUGCCUGUUGACCUGAUCUAUAGCUUGUUGUUGUAUGGGUCUCGUUAUUUGGCUUAUGCGUUGUAUUUGGUUCAGAUGGGGGCCCGAUAUUAGGAGACCAUCUAUUCUGGAGUAGGAAUUGUGCACUGAGGAGUAGUGUGUGUAUGCCCGUUCACUAGGGUGUAUGAGUCUCCAUGUGUCAUAAAAGGGGCGGUGUCUGCGGCUGUGUUGGGGCAGUGUAGUGUCGAGUUUAGGGUCUAGGAUGUGAUUAAAGUACUGUAAUGCCUUGUUGUAUAUUCACAAUUUUUUGGAGGAUUUUGUGUCGAAAAUUUCUUUGAUUAGCGUUUGGCGAGUAUAUGUUUGCUAUUGUGUACAACAUGUCGUUCAUCAUGCCUGACACAAUGACAUAUCUGCCGUUAGUGUCUAUGUCUUGGGAGUGGAGGGAAAAUUUGACCUCUCUGCUUAUCAGGAUGGAAGCUCCUUUCGACUUCGAGCGAGAGGCCGAGUGAAAUUGGUGUGGGAAGUCACUAAGCAGUGUCUUGGUAAAGUCAUCUGUUCGGUAGUGGGUCUCUUGUAGGCAAAGGAUGUCAGUGCGUGUGGUCUUGAGGUCGCAGGCGAGAAGGUGCCGCUUUGCAGGGACAUUCAGUCCCCUCACAUUGUACGUACAUAUUUUCACGGUGGUUGUCGCGUGCGGAUUUUUGUGUGUCUCAUGGAAACCUCUAUUGGUGCGAGGGCCCUUGCUCUCCCCAGCCGUGUCAAGCCGAGCAAGGGGUUUCUCAAUACUCUUUGCAAUCGUCCCCUGAGUGUGUAGGGAGGGUGUGGACCUUGUCUAGUAGUUGCUUUGUGUGGCUUGCUGUGUACGAGUGGUGUGGGGCCACCCACGUGCCCCAUAGUGUGUUCUACAACAGUUAUACAGUAAACAUAACAUUUGUUAACCAAAAACAUACUUUAAAAAAUUAAGAAAAAAAACAAUAUAGGUCUGUAACUGUUACUAUACAUGCCACAAGUAUGGCUAGGCACUGCUUGUAUGUGCCUUGGGGGUUGAGGUUGUUGCCUCACGUCCUGGGGGAGCUCUCUCCCUCGAGUGCUUCCAAAGUGUUGUCUGUUUGUGGUUUUUUUAUUUUGUUUUUUUUCCUCUUUCAGGUUUCUCUUGUGGGCUUUGGUACACCUAUGCUAAACACACCCGUGUGUACUCUCUCUCUCUUGGACCUAGGGUGGAUUCAUAAUUAGAUAAUUUUUGACAUUAUUUUACUAAGUGAUAUCACAAAGUAAUCUCUACAGUUUCAUUUAGACAUGUGUCCACUAUGUUGUAGGAGUAGCAUGGUCUGUAUUUAGAGAAGGAAAAACAAACUUUUUUUUUUUUUUCUCCUCCUGAUGAUUUUCUUUUUUCUUAACUAUUUAUUUGGACAAUCAUAGGUUUUGAGAGCUGUAGACCAAAUACACUCAAAAACCUGCAGUGCAACAGCCCUCAUUCAAACAACCUAGUGUAAUCUAUUUCUUUAGACUCAAACUGGGUUUCCUGUUGUUUUAAAGCAUUAUCAUUUCAUACUCUUAUUUUCAGAUCUACAAAUUCUACCAAAACCACAAUAGGAUUGUUCUUUUGUUGAAGCCUUGCUAUUUCUAAAACCUAUUUUUUUAUUUUUGUUUUUAUUUUCUAUUCACAGAUAAUUAAGGAUGGUGAGGAGCAUUCUGACCUCAAUGAGGUGGCCAAGCUUUUCAAUAUCCACGAGGAGUAAAUCACAAAGGAAGAAAAAAGUUUAGUUUUUUUUCUCCAGUCACUCAAGAAGAGUUUGGCAAUGACCACUAUUGCUGUUCAGCACUUAAAUUCAGAGCUCCUAAGAAACUGGAUAAAAAUGCAUACAUUCAUAGAAUCUGUCAUAUCCCAAAUUUACAUAAUCGGUAAAAGAUUAUUAAAAAUGAUAACUGAUGCUUUUGUAAUAUUUGAUAAUUCCGUGCUUAACUCAAAAAGAGAAAGAACUAAGCAUGUUUUACAUCUAUUGAUCAUUUGCACAUCCUUGCUAUGGCCCUGGACUUGUUGGGAAGGUGUUUGUAUAUGUGUUCUUCAGAAAUAAACCUGAUCAUGAGGAAAAAAAUUUUUUUUGAAAAUAUUGGCCUUCUGAGUUGAAUUUUGGAAUAUAUGCUUAUUUGCACAAAUAAAGAUCCACAAACUAGGUUUCCUA